AUGCAUCUCCUACCCGAGGUCCGUCCGUGCGGCGAAAUCGUUGGUAAACUGGCCUUUCAGUGGGAGGGCAUUCCAGCCGGCGCGGACGUCUUUGUGGCUCUGGGUGAUCUUCAAUGUUCUGUAUACUCGUAUCUUCUUCAAGAGGGCACCGCCGGUGAGUACUUUUAUGGAUCUGCCAAAAUUUAGCCAAUCAGUGGCAACAGCGGUCAAUGAUGCGCACUUAUUAUGUUUCCUGCUAACCUGACAUACAUCUGUGUUCAGAGAGUGGGCAGCCCCAUCAGAGUGAUAUUACAUAGUUAGCUUACUAAAACGAUAUUAUAGAAGAUGUGCUAACUCAUGAAAUGUCAACCAAUAUUUCGAAAUGCGUUCUCGUUUCGAAAAGAUAAAGUAAGUAGUGUUGUAAAAGUAAUCAUGAUACAGCAUAAAUCUAUAAUGAUCCAGUUACCUCAGGGUGUCGGCAUUCGAAAGAACUUAUUUGCGGCUGCAUUCAAGAUCUAUACUCAGCAAAAAUAACUACUUAAGUAGUAUGCGAUUUUCUUAUUGGGUUUCGAUGCCCUUGAAAAUUCAAUUAUAUUUCAUGGAAAACAUGCAUAAAAAUAUUCAUUUUUUUACUUAUACGGCAGAGAAUCACGUCUUCUUCCAAUGUCGUACUCAAAAGAACAGUAUAAUUCGGUUUUAAAAAGUUUCCAAUUGUGAGAUUUUUUAAUACCUUUAAUUGGCCGUUCAUGAAACGUCAUGUAUCUGCAUUUACUAAUGUGGCUUGUAAAGUUAACAAUAUGGCUCAAAUCCACUGCUUAAUUUUAUGAACCUCAUAUAGUCUCCUCUUAACACCGUAGAGAAAUGCAUGGUUUUCCGUACACGGAAAAUACACAGCUUGUAGUUUUGAAACCCUGAAUGCAAGUUUAACAGCAGGUCGGGUUCAAAAUAAUUCGGGAAUUAAAAAAAGUUUUUUAAAACCGAAUUAAACUCUUCUGCUGAGUAUGAAGUUGGAAGAAGACGUGAUUUUCUACCGAAUAAGUAAGAGAAUGAAUAUUUUCAUGCAUGUUUUCCACGAAAUAUGAUUAGAUAUUCAAGGGCAUCGAAAAUCAACGAGAAAAUUGCAGAUAUAGAUCUUGAAUGCAGCGGAAAAUAAGUUCUUUCGAAAGCCGACACCUUGCAGUAACUGGAUCAUUAUAGAUUUCUGCUGUAUCAUGAUUAGUUUUACAACACUACUUACUUUGUCUUUUCGAAAUGAGAACGCAUUUCGAAAUGUUGGUUGACAUUUCAUGAGUUAGCUCAUCUACUGUAGUUAACAUACCUAAGUCAGCCACUCGCUGGAUUAGGAAGGGGAAAAGAGCGCAGCAGGGAAGCGAGUGAAGGUGGCAUGUAAACUCUCUCCCCGGCACAACCGCUCGCUGGAUGUAGAGGAUACGGAGGGCGUAAUCACAACUGGCAGGCCACUAGGUGAACCGCAUAGCAGUUCGUUGUGAAACCGGCGGAGUUCCACACGGUUGGAAUAAUGCCAUUAACAAGUCUACCUGGCUACUCGCUGGGCUGAAAUAAUAAAGAGGGUGCAAGUAGGGCUCAAAGAACGCGCAGGAAAGCGCAUGUGAACUGAUAUUUGAAGUAAGGGGGGCUGGCGUAUAAGCACUGCUCCCCCGUGACACAGUCAUUCGCCGGAUUAAAAUGGAAUGGAAGUCAGCGGGUAACAAUCGGGAGAUGGCACCCAAAAAUCCCAUUACCUAGAAAUAUUACUUUUAACAGUGAACUAAAACGCCUUAAGUCUAUAUCAGCGGUUGCAGGCCCACUUUUACGCACUACUUGGACUUUCCGCGACGGCCUAACAUGGGCUGGCCGAACGAACAUCGCAGGAGGUUACGUGGACGAUGGUCGCUGUUACCCUUCCUUCCCCAUCGUUAUACACGUACACCUGAAUAUACGGCAUACAUUCGCAUUAUGGCAGUUUAUCACAAAACAAAAUCACUUUUAAAUAGGGUAAUUCUGCACAGCAUGUGGCAAGAACAGUUCCAAGGCAUCUGCCAAAGGUAGGGCAUUGAGUCCAAACCAAAGACGAUACUGUACUUCGUCUAUGUGAGCUCACACAGCUUGACCACAUGCAGGGUCUCCCUAGUGGAGUUUCCUUUUUAGUCUACUCCAGUAUGCCUCAAUGGCAUUGGUGUGCCGUCCGGUGGUAGGGUCCUUAAAGUUCCUUGAGUGGUUAACAGAGAAAUGUAGAUAACGUUCUGAGGGAAGACGAUUAUACGCCUUCCACUCGUCCGCUACCACUAUAUUGCCUUUGGAGACGCAUUUUGUAAUAACGGAACGGAGGGCGGGCCAAUUUCGAUCAUUCACCUGUUCAAAUAAGGCUUUCUGUCGGCUAGUAUCGUACAUCCCGACCAGCUAACACCCAUAAAACCCCUAUUACUACCUGUCCCGUAAGCCAGGCUGCUUUGGUUAGGCGGAUUUUUUCGGGUGCCAUCUCCCGAUUGUUACCAGUCAGCGUAUUCACAUCUACAAAAAAGGUUUUCAGGACGCUAGCCAUAUGAUAGCACUCAGGUGGGGCUGCAGAACCAAGCUUCGCCAAAAUUUGAACGAGGUAACAAUGCUAAGGAUCUCUUCUUGGAAGUCUGCGGGGUUGACGUAUGACGAACGUUUACCUUAGUUCAGACUCACCAAACCCAACCCCGGCUCGAAAACUUUUUUGUUCCACUUUUUACUUCACAGCGAAUCAAAAUUGCAAAAAUAUUCGACCUUAUUUUUCUUAUUCUGGAACAUACACUAAUCGACCUACCGAUAGUAGACAGCAGAGGGGCUAAAUUCAAUCAAACGUCUGAACAAUGCCCAUUAUUUGAACGUGUGCAUAAUAAUACUCCCCCUCCUUAAGACAGAGCAAAUUAGGAUGCUAAUAAAUGUAAUUUGUUUCGCAAAUUGAAAGACGGUAGAAAAGGGAUUCAAUCUAUAGGUAUUAUACGGAAAUAGGAGCCCUGCCCAUAAUUCGCGUGAACCUACGCCAAAUUGCAUGGAAACGAGGGUUAGAGUCGAUGUUAAGUUUAAUGUCGUCUUAUUUUAUCCUCCGGCAUAGCGAGCUGUUGGUGUCAGACGUCGCAUAUGCACGCUCACAAUCGACAGAACAUUGAAAGGUUUUUUUAAAAUAACAAAAUAUUUCCUUACUAGAACUACAUAUUAGCAAUCACUGAAUUUUGACGGAAGGGACUUCUUAUUCCGCAUUAUGUUAGCAUUAAAAUACAGACCUUUCCAAUUCUCUGCAUUAAUCUACCUUAGCUAGGCAGCACUGCCUAACUGUAUAAACGAUCCCCAUGACCGUUCGAUAAAUCUUAUGAUUCCAUAACCCAAAGUAUAAGGAACAUAAUUACUUUGUGCUUUUUUAGACGGUACAUCUUUUGAAACGUGGCAGAAAAAGAUAGUGAAUAGGCUAUACCGAAAUUCGCUCUCGGUUGCGUCCAUGUUUGAGUCAAGACCAACAUAUUUCCGUUGUUAGGGCUUCUGCAGUACUUCGGUAGUAGGUCAUAUAAAAACGCAUAAUAUUUUCUCUCUGAUUCUAUGAAUAAAAAUUUAGAUAUUUGUAAAUCUGUGAGAUACUUCUAUUCACACUUCGAAGUCGAUUGGGCCAAGAACAGACUUUCAGCCAGAGGAGAAUAAAUGUGAUAAAUGGGCUCGAAAUCAAUAAUUUACUAUCGAAUCUAGAGACUACAUAAACCUCAAAAAUAUACGCGUGAAAUGGGACCAUUUUUUUUCGCGAAUAAGACCCAGGAGAAAAUGGCGAAAUAAGUCCCAAUUUAAAUUCCGCUUGACACGAUGUUUGCUCAGCGCUCAAGAAUUCCCUCCCUGUUGAAAAUACAUUUGGCAUCAGUGGAUCGCGGGUCCUAGUGCAUAAUUUAGUCAACGCCGCGCCGUCCCUAAUGACAUUCUUUCAGGGCGUGGCCUAUCUGAAUGCAUAAAAUGGGAAGUGCAUAUGUGAUAAGUCCAUGGUGUGGGGUAGUGUUAGUUUGCAGUUCGUGGGGGUGAAUUGGAGUUGUAGUCAGAGUUCAAAGCCAGAGGAUUUCAUAAUUAAGGGUUUGGCAACAGUGAGCUUGGUGUCCCAGGGAGAUGAGCCACAGUACCUGCCCUCCCUACUUAAAUUAGGAAUGGCCUGUAAUUUUUGCAAAUUUUUGGAAAUAUCCAAAAUUUCAGCUUUCAAAAUCCCAAACGGCUUUUUGGCAUGGAGUUUAGGCCGUCCUAAGCAAAAUAGCAGCCAAGGGACACGAUAAGCCCCCAGGGCACAACCAUUUUGAGAAACCAUGGACUUACCCAAAAUUAGCAACAUAAUGUUCAGUGUUGCAAGAAAUCUGCGCAAAAUGAUCAAAAUGCCCUUCAUUCAGCUAAACAAGAAGUUGGACAGAAAGUCAUUAUGCCAGGUUUUAUCAAACACGUUUUCUUAGUUCGAGGUUAUAAUAAACUGCGAAGGGCAUCUGGGCUCUUGCUAAGAGUUUUAAAGCAAACUUUUAAAGGCUAGUCCUACACUUUUAUAAAAAAAAACACGAUGGUCUGAGGAGCAGCGUUGAUCCAAAAACAGCAUACUUUUAUCAUUUCUUUUUUACUGAAUACAUUCGCACUAACCACCGAAAAUCUCAGAGUCAUCGAUAUAAGCCGAUCCUGAGAGAACAGUUAGUAGCUAAAUUAAUUUCGAUAACUCGAUCGACCUUAUGGCUGAUGGUACACUCAAGUUCAAAUCUCAAGCAUUCUGAAUGUGACCAAUUUAUGCGGAAUGACAGCUGAAAGGUGUUUAUAGGCCGAUGUUUACACGUUCGUCCCGGCAAACUCUACCAGAAUCUCCACAGAUGACCUGAGGUGACGUCAAGGCAGCCAGAACUGUUUACCAUGCCACCGCGCUGUUGUUCAGUUGCGUUAGGUUAGGUUUUAAUACCACAAUUAACAAACACUAUGGCGUCAGGUAUUCAGAACAUCUCAACAUGUAUUAAUCUGCCUAAAAUACUAUUUUGUACAGGCGGAACUUCUAGUUUACAGGAAUAACCGGUUUUUGUAGGCAGAUCGGUUGAGGUAAUAAAAAACCUCUCUUGAAAAGGAAUUCAGUGUAAUUCCUGCGAGCCAUAAACGAUUUUUAUGUUCAAUGAAUCACAGAGUGGCUUUUGGAUCGCCAAAAUGCUGGAUUUUCCAUUGAGCGACCGCUGAAUACGGCCUGAUUGAACAUAUGCAAAUGCGCAAUAAUGAAGUUGAAAACAAUUAUGUAAGUUAGGAACUUGUGCAUUUUUAGGCAAUUAUUUGUGCACUUAAGCACAAAAUUACUAAAUUAAGCGAAAAAUACGAUUUAGCUGAAUGGUUUGAACAAAAAUUUAUGAGAUUUCCCAGGAACCUAACACAUACAUCGGUUUUGCAAUCCUAAUGGAAGCAAACUGCAAAUAAAUAUUCCUUUAGGGGUCUUGCGGUAUUCGUCAAGUGAGAGUCAUACAGAAAUACCAAUGCAUAAUUGUGUUGACGGCAUUCCUUACUCUCGGGAGCACUGUUUAAAAAAUUGGUACUUUUGUUAGUUUUUGAAGGGAAGAAUAAAAUAGCCUAAGUAUUCCAUAAUUUAUCAUUGGUGUAUGGCAUAAGAAAUGAUCGUUUUUUCCCAACUCUAGUGGAUUUUGACCGAACACUAUUUUGCCCUUCUGCGGGUUUUUGGAAUCGAAUCCUAAUGCUUGCGUUUGAUUUUUUCAUAAAAAGACGCAAUGCAUUAACUCACCGUACACACACUUAUCAAGCCAUUUUUUAUAGAAAUCGAGUAUGUAAGAAGGGGAAUAAAUCGGUUUUGAAAAUUUCGGAGACGCAAACAUGGUUAUUUAGGUAGUACAAUAAUGCUUACCAAAAAUGCGAGAUUAUGUAGACAGUGAUUGCAAUAUGUGACAAAAGACCUUUCUAAGGAAAAUUAUAGGGUAUGCUAAUUACACUUAAUGGAAAUAUCCAUCUUUACGUUGAGGCACUUUACGAACUAAUAAAGACGGAUGUUUUUUUUAUAAAAUGUGUGAGUAAUUAUAAGCACCCUUUAAAUGUGAAGUAUUAUCUAAUGGAUGGAGUAUGAAGCCGGUUCUUUUGAACAAAAAUCGAAUUGGCGCACAAUUCCAGAGCAUGGAUGAAGUUCGUUCUCGAAAAAUAGUGUUAAAUUUUUCUAUCUGCCGAAUGGGGGUGAAUUUUUAGAAGACAGCGUAAACAAUAUAUAUCGGCUGGGAGCGCUAAAAUGGUAUGCCCGAUUGUACUGGUGGGAAUGAUUUUAAUCAAUCCCGAAGUACAAAUGACAACUGAACACUUUCCAAAACAUCCUAAGCCUCUAUUAUGAUCGAAAAUAAAGCCUAUCCGAAAUUAUUACUGGCAAUGACAAGGAAGACUGGAGUGGCCAUUUCGGACUUAUCUCCCGUCAUCAACGAGUCUUUCUCGCAAAGCGUCCCAACUUCUGAUCGGCAGUCGUCAUGCAACAUCCCAAUUAGGGUAGGUUGAUCAAGAUUGAUUAGCGAACGCCACACUUGCGCGAGGAAAUAAUUUGCUUGUCAAGACUAUGUUUUACAAGCAGCAGCUCCUGAGUCUGCCAUAGUUCAUUCUUAAAUAAUGUUAAUCUCUUGACAUAAGGGAGAUGACUGGCGUCUAACUUCCAUUGCUGCAGUAUUUCUUUCAUGGCCCGAGCACCUGAUUACAUUGCCUGAGGCUUGGUUUACGGCCACAAAUGGGAUUGGGUUUACUGCAAUCAAUAUAUUUUCUGCUCGCGUGCGAUACAGAAGACGACAUUUGAUUUAGUUGAUCGUUCAUUUGAACGACACAACUACGCAUGAAAUAUUUAAGCCAGCGUGUAGCUCCGGCGCCUAGUUCCCUGACUGUGUGCAUACCUGCUUUCGAAGCAUUUCUGACAAGCAGCUUGGCUGGUCGCAGGUUCAGGUGGUGAUUCAGAUUAAACUAUAGCAUGGACUUCAGUCCAUGCUGACGUUUUGGGCCUGUUCUGCUUCAAGCGACUCUGGAGGCACCAUGGGUAAGGCUCUGUCUGACAGCUAGCUGCAGCAACAAAAAGAUUUUCAGAAGACACCUUAGCAACUGAGGGGUAGUCUUCUCGAAAGUUAGGCGAAAAAUAUUACUGGCUGUUCUUGUGUUCAUUGAAUAUUAAUUAGGCUUCUGCUGCGGCACUCUAUACCCACAGAAAAAUGUAUUUUUGGUACUUUAGAUCUUUCCCUAUCUUCCCUCGGAUAAAAUGAUGAAGUGGUGUGUCAAUGUAUACAUAUACAUAUACCUACCAUAUAUACACCUACCAUAGUUUGCUGCUUUAGACGUUAUAAUAAUUACUUUUGGAACUUGCUUCUUUUAAUUUUUACUUUUGACAUUCUGAACCCACUGAAGACUUCUAGGGUAAAUGGAUACCAUACUAGCAGCACAGGUAUCAACCAAAAGCCCAUACAUGCGUGUUCCGCCGACAUUCUGCCGCUGCAUGACACAGCUGCGAGGUGUUCGGCUCGUCAGUGGGUCGCCCAGCAUGCCCCGUGUAUUUUCUGGUAAAUCCUCCAAUUUAGAAAUUGUCGCUUUUUAAUUUCCUCAGCAUAUAACUGCGAACUUGGAGUAGAUCAGUAUAUUCUAAGUCUAUAGGCACAGACCGAAAUCCUUAUUUAUGAAUAUUUAGGCAGAGGACCUAGAAUAUACUGAUCUACCCCAAGUUCACAGUUAAUUUCUGUGAGACUAAAAAACCAAAAACCAGUAAGAUCUGUUGUAAUGCACAGUAAGGCCUAUCACUGUAGUGAGAGUGCCGUUUUUAAGUCAAUGUCCUACAGGGACAUGAACGCAUGUGAGAAGUGUGUGUAUAUGGUCAUUUGAGAUAGGUGUUCUCAACUCUUAACAAAUAACCGAUAUUCGUGGAUGUGUCCGAAGGCAGACUAUUUAGUUUGACCACAAUAUCCAGCAUCGCAUGCCUCACAUGGGAUCGGUGGUCGCCACUCCACCGUUUAAAUUUUAUAAUUAUACCGGCAGAAUGUUAUUACCGACAAAAACAAGGGAGACUGGAAUGGCCAUUUCUGGCUUAUUAGCCGUCGUCAAACAGUCAUCCCCAACACCGAAUUAUGGAACACCUGGAGCUCGAAAUGGCGACUCGUCGGCUCAGUGAUUACAGACAUUGGAAUUCUAACUAACAGGUCGCGAGUUUGCGCCUCAGGCGUUCCACAAUUCCGGGUUGGGUAUGCUGGCUGAAGACAGCUAAUUAGCCAGAAAUGACCACUCCAGUCCCCCUUGUCUUUGUCGGUAAUAACAUUCUGCCUAUAGCAUGCGUCGUUGUGCGGCUGCUGGUUGAGCUCGAGAGCGAGAGUCCAUAAGGCACAACAGAACGAGUGAGUUCCGUAAGAACGAUCGGUGAGCGCCCCCUACCAUUGUAGAUUCCCGAUCGAAAACCAGCUGGGCCGCUUUUCUGGGCGGAAUAAGUGGCCGCACGGGGAAUACGCGCGCGCACUCUGCUCCCAUUGAAGUACCAGCAAGCCAAAAUGCCGAGGAAUCUUCACGCCGCUGUCAACGCCUGUGACGGGAUUGCGGUGAUAAAUGGUCCGAAUGCGGACGGGCGGGCCAUCAGCGUACCCAUUGAGACCACCGGCGAUGAAUGCGAGAUCUGUGAAUUAUGGCACAUAUGUAGCGGCAUGGCAACUCCAUACUAUAAAUGCUGCAUUUUUUGAGCGUCCAUCACCCUAUCUGUGGCCGCCUCUAAGGACGCGUUCAAUUGCCAGUCAGAAACGUUAGCCGCCCAAACUCUAGUUGCAACAGUAAUUUCUAUUUCUUAUCAACAACUUGCAGGAGAUCACCGUUUUACGUCCUUUUACGGAUAGGUCUUUGAGAGCGAUAAUGUCCCGGUUUGGGAGCUUCCUAACUCACAUACUUGAUAUCCUUCCCGUAAACGAGUUCUGAACAAAAAAUAUUCCUGCUGAUUUCGCCUUACGAUUAGGAUUCGUUAAGCCUUGAACGGUAAUAAGGAACUCUGAAAUGUGACAUAGAAGAGGUUCUGAGUGCCAACCAGCCAAUGAGUGAGGCGGCGACUGCAGGUGAAGUCCUAAUUAACGACGGGCAACAUCUACCAGUUAGCAAUACUGUUGUGAAUCUUGAACGUCUCCUAACCGAACGAUUUAUUGGAGUCGAAGAAAGUAAAUGCUGAAAGUAUUUAAUUUGGAUGGCCUCCGAAUCGACAUUUGCCAAAUUUUACUAAUCGAUUAUGGUAAUCGGCAUGAUGAAUAAUUGACAGCGUAUUUCGCAGACAAUGAGAGUAACCACCCUUUCCAGGUAUAAUAUUAAUGCUGCGUAAGAUGAGGGAGGUUUCUGUUUUUUUAGUUGGAUGAUCCAAGAGGCGCCCAGUUCUCGCAAGUCAAGAAGCUAGCAUCAUGCGUUCUCACUGCAGACUGCAUCGUGGUCUGUAUGACGUUUAUACUCUUUCCAGACAGAGAAUUUGUUCUUAUGGGAUGCAAAGUUGAACCCCGUUCCUAAGGAUGAUGUUGGAAAAUGAACUGUCUAGUAAUUACCUGGGCAGUUAUCCACACGAGCUAAUAGUGUCGUAAUCAUUGACUUCUCAGGAACUCGACACGCAAAAAUAUGGUGUCCAUCUUCUCACCUACGGUUCGGAAAAUCUUUUACUUGCACACUCCACGAGUUCUCAUUUUUGCUGUCAGAGAAAGUCUCAUAGCUCACAAUGAAGAGCUCGGCUGAAAUGCAUUCUUGUAGCCAAACGCGUGCUACAGUGAACUUCGAACCCAUGGAGGACCGCAGUCUCGAAACGGUCGCGUUUUAAAAGAAUAAUUUUAUCGAUUACCGUCAUAAUAACGAGAUUUGUGGGGAUAUCAGUGAAGUUUGCAGGAAAUUCACGCAUGAUAAGAGUGAAGUCCAUAGGCUCCGACUUGAAGAUAUCGGGGUAGAUAUGUUGAGGAUCCAUCCUCUGCGUAGAUUAGUAUUGUAAGGUUGCGUUAACUUGUGGAGCUCGAGCGAAGGUGCAAUGUUACUUAAUAAAGCUGCUUCAUUUUGACCUAAUGGCUAGAUCGAAUUGACCUUCAAAAAUCUACUUUGCAGUGAACCAUUUUAUUUCGUGUUAAUUCAGUUCAAAGAAGAAGCCUCGGGAGUAACUGUUAACCAGCUAAGCCAGCUGUUUACUUAUGGUUCUAGACCUUUCAUUCUAUUUUCGGGGACUUGAACAUUAUCUAAAAGAAUCAGCAUAUAAACUAUUCUGCCGAAAUAUAGCUCCUGUAUAUUUAACUUUACAUAAUUUAUUAGCAUAUCGCUUCAUCAUUGUGGGCCUACAAUAAGAAGAGUAGAAAUUCAUACAUGCCUCUUGAUGGCACAAGUUUUGAACUAAAGCCCUUUGAUUGGAAGAAUUUUAUAUAUAUGUCCUUGUCCAUACGUACAACGUUUUUGCGCAGGCCAAUGUUCCAUUUUAAAACACCUCUACAGGUCUCCGCUCCAGAUGGUUUUUGAAUAUAUUUAAAUAUGGUCCCUGCAUUUGAAAGUAUUAUAGGACGGAAAUAACCGAAGAAACGAAUAAAGUGAAAGUUUUUAAAUGCUCAAAGUAACACAACGUCAUGCAUUCAAACAAAUAUGCCAUGGCUAGGAAAAUACGUCACCGAUAUAUUAGUUAGACAUUUUUGUUUAUCCGUCUGAAAAUGCCAGUUCCUUUGCAGGUUGUUAAGUGCUGCUAGGUUGCCGAGUUAGCUAAUUUACCCGCCGUGCUAAGAAAACUGCGCUUCACAACUAAAGACCUCUUUAAUUUGUUAGUCUUCCCUAUCUACUUUCAAUUUUUGGCUAUUUAUAGAAAAAUGCCAUCGAAAAUUUCGAGAAACUAUUUGUAUCCUGAAGAUGAACUCAAAAUGGGCUCACAAUGACAGAGUACAGUCAGCUUUAACCCCUAGUUCUUUCAACUAGCUGGAGACAGAAUAACGUUCAUGCAAGCAAUCUAGGCCAAUUUCAGUCCAGUUUUAUUUUUAUUUUUCUGCAUCUCUGAAAACAUCAGCAUACUGUAGGUUCACACUCGUUCGCAGGCAGAUACAAUCGGCAGGACAAAGUCUAUUCUUAGUUCAGAAAUUGUUUUGAAGAAACUUCGCUGUCGUCGUCGCCGUCGUCUCAAUCUAUCGUCCAUGGUGUUCAAGCAGCUCUUGUUGACUUCUAGAGUGCAGGGCAUGUCAACAUCUCUAAAUAGCAGAAAAUGUCAACUAUGAGCAGUCACGCUGGUGGUCUACUCAUAAAGCGACUGCAUCUUCUGGGCUGUUUACUUCACCUGCAUUACUUAGUCUGCAGUACUGUUUCUCCGUAAUAAACACUAUUAGCCCUGCCUGCCAUCGUUGUGUCUAGCAGUGACUAACAAAAUGAGAAGUCUACUUUCUGCUAAAUGUGACAUGUUGAAACUUUACAAGGCAUGCAAUAACCAGACCACCCUGCAUAUAACGUUCUUUCAGGCUUCAGCCCAUUGUUCUGAGCUUGUGGAUCGAUCCAGAAACUUCAGUAAUUAUGGGAAACUGCAGAAAAUACCAACCGAUGCUUUUUGAAUUAUCGACCCAGGGUAUAUAUUUUAUACAGCGUUUGGAAUUUACUCAUAUUACAAUUAUCACUACCGCGCCACCGAAGAUACAGGACAAGCCCUUACGAAUUUGAGGCUACUGCAUGGAGUAAUUUUCAAAAGUGAAUUCUGAUAUCGACAUUGGUUAACUUCGGAGAAAUAUGCGAAUGUUAUGGGAUAAGUAAACAUACACAUAAGGGGCUUCGAAAUAUCCCGUCUCGGAAUGACGUCGAUUAAAAGUAAGACUUGUGCAGUAGGUGGCCUAUCCCUCGAAAUUCUUAAAUGUGUUUUCGAUCAGAAGGGACCACACAGGUGGAGUUCUUGUAUUGAUUCGUACUCAGUAGAAACCCAAAUGCUAGUCUUUGAGCGUGCUUCUCUCUGGACGCCUGCGGGCAUAACAGUUGCAAAAAAUGACUACCCACUUUGACUUUGCAUAGUGAUUUUCGACAUCCUUGUGAAUUCAAAUGCAUUUUGAAGGACACACGCAUAUAAUUAUUCGUGUGAUAUUUUUGUAAAGAAUAAAGUCUUCGUUAAAUUUUAAACUCAUUGAAUAAUCAGGUUUUGGUUUUAAAAGUUUUAAGUGCGAGGUCUUUUAAAAUUGUGAAAUGCCGACGUACUUGACCGUUUGUCAAGACCACUUAAGGGAACAUACAGCACGAUUCAUGUCCAGUGCUAAAUUUUGGGACCUCUAGAUGACAUCUUCUUACAGGCUUAGAGAAAUGUGUAAUUUUUCACAAAUGGAAAUUGCACAGCUUGUACUUUGAAAAGUCCGGUCGCAAAUUAAACGGCAAUUCUGGCUUAUAUUCACAUCCUGACCGGCCUUUUGUUUAAAUUGGUAAAUAUACUUUUGCAGCAUACAAUUUGAGGCUGGCCUUAUUUUUCGCGAAAUGAAUAGAAUAAUGGGUAUUUUAUACGUCAUUACUAUAAUAUAUAGAUGAAUUUACAGGUCUUCGAAAAUAAAAAAAUAAACAUUGCUUAAAUAGUUAUUUCAAUCAAAUGCCGUUUAUGAAGGCGGCUUGUAAGACUUGCAUUCAAAUGCUGUCGGUAUGGUUCGACUGAAAUAUCUGAAGGGCUAAACUGCACAAUAAUCAAUAUUGCAGUCUUACCGAAGCAGUCCUUCCUGAUCGAAAACGCAUUGCGGAAUUUCAGCUAGUAUUUCCUGAAUUAUGCCAGUUUUAAGCCAUUGGUUUGGGCCCCUAGAGAGCGUUGUGAUGCACGGAAUUUAACUGUUCAAUUGGAUUCUGGCCUCAGUCCUCUGGGUCCCAUACAGAUUAAAAAAUUUUGACGACUACAGAAGCAGGGAAAAGUUGUCUUAUUUCUAAGACAUAUUAUUGAUGUACACAUUUAGGUUACUUGUGUGGGUUUUAAAAAAAAUAUCACAAUGGCUUAAAUUUUAUUAUCCAUUCUUGAGAUGAAAUAAAUUGUGAAAUAAAUUGUUUGGAAGAGCUUGUGCUGACUACCUGAAGGCCCAUGAAGUUCUCAAGACCACAUGCGGAAUAUUAGCCGUGUCCAACAUUUAAAUGAAAGAAUUUAGGGCAUCUGACUGUCUCAUGAUGCACAGAAAUUGUGCAGGUUUUAGCCAGUAAAAACACGCGGCCAAUUAGAUGUCGGAAAAUAGUCUUUGCAUAUGAACAUCCAUCUCACUUAUGCUAUCUUCACUAGUUAAAAGCAUAGUCAGAAAUCUUAGGGGACGUCCAGAGAGCAACUGCACCCCCUGUAGAUAUGGACGAAAAUACUCAUUUACACCGGCGCCACCGGGCGCCCAGAGAACAUCUGCAGUUGUAUGGUUGGAUUAUAAUCAAAAAGGGAAGAGUAAUCCAGUUUCCAUUUCCCAUACGCAGGAUCUCGGCCUUUCACACGUUCACAAUGGCUGAAUGAGGAGAGGUGAAAUAUAUUAGUCCGAUGUAAAAAACACUCCAUGAGCACAAACACUAAACUUGUUUGGCCAAUCUGAGAGCUGUUACGAGCGUGAAAACAGAUGCUUCCUCUGGGCUGACUAAAUGCGAAUGCCAACUAGUUAAGCAAGGCUGCCCAGCAUCCUGUGAACAUCUGUUGAUAAAAUAAACGUUUGCUUGUCUAUCGAAGGGCCACCUUGAUUCCGGCGAAACCCCUGCGAUCUGUUGACACUGCAGAGAAUUGUCGCUUCUGAUGAGGGGGAGGGAGGAUUUAGAUUAAAUCACGAUUACUGGCUCUCCUUUGGACUGAUCUAAAAUAUUCUGUAUCAGGAACUGCCGAGGUUAUAUUUGCGCCUACUGUUUAAAGAAACAGUUCACUUAGUAAGUACUUCUCAACUGGUCGUUUAAGUGACAUUUAAAAUCCCGCAGUCCUAGAAUAAUUGGGCUUCCCUUUAUCUACAACCCACUGCCACAUUAUUUUCAUUAAGGGCUUUAAGAGAAAAUUUUGCUUUCGGAAAAUGUGCACUGUUUGUUGACACUUUCUACAAGCUGGCAGUGCAGGCAGCAAGUCGUAAACAGUGCCGAAACCAAAAGACAAAAGUAUAAUUUACUUGUCAACUGUCUGGAAAGCGAUCGCCAAACGAGCGUUCGUGACCAGCGAAAAUAUAACUGUUUUUUUGGGGUCUGAGGUCUUGAGUUGUGAUUUCGGCUGGCCAUUUUCAGAGACCGGAGAGUCGUAUGCUUGUCCUCUGGUAUCUCCCUCGUUGAAAAAUUAAAGGAACUGCAAUUUAAUUAGUUUCUUUGGAGAGCAUUCGUUGGCUUCACCUCUUUCGCCGUUAACCGAGCACUCAUGUCCGGGUAUCCUAUCUCUCACUACUGCCCGUUUGUCAGUAGGUAAUUGCUCUGUUCUCAUGACAACUUACGACCGCAAAUUGAGCUUGCCCUCUGGCGUCAAAUUUCACACCACCAACUAAAGGCUUGACCGGAGCACGGUAGACCGUGGAAUCCAGGUAUUUUUGAGGGCACCUACGUGCAUUUUCUUCACUCACCACCAUUCUGACGGCAAAACUAGUUCCAGGAACUAGUUGAUAAGAAGCAGAAGUAAAAUUAACGCUAAGCAGAUUCACCAUUGUAAGCGUGAGAAGCGGCAAUUAAUCCAGUGACCUACGAUGACGGCAAGCGACCAGUUGCAGCUAACUUAUGGUCGGUGUGAAUUUGCCUAGAUAAGCUUCGUCCAAAACUUGACUUAGAGAAACUGCUUAUGUCCCAGCUACCAGCCUUUUGCGGCCGGUGUCAACUGAGGUGAGAUUGCCACAUUGUGAAUACCCAGGUAUAUAAGCCGUAUAAAGCGAAUGGUUGACGUAAUCAUCACCGUGGGCGGAACACAGGCGAUCCAGACCAUUUCCACAGGAACGGACGGAGACGAUUCGCCCACGCAUACGAUUACGUCAGACGGCUGGGUACUUCGUGUUCGCAAUGUGUCGCGUUUGGUAAAGGGACCAGCUCGCAGGCGUAGAACGUGGAAGACGAAAGCAAAAUGUCGAGUCUGACACUGCGCGCAACUUUAUCCAGGAAGACGGGAGGGUGACGGAGGGAGUGGGGUGAAAAGUAGCUUCAUACAACUAUCACGGCAGUAUACGCUAACUAAAAUGUACACUCCGAGCUGAUAGAUGAAGUCAUAGCAGCUGAGGAAGCGGACCAGCCUAAUGCUGUGGCGUGUGAGGUGGAUUAGGAAAGUAAAACGUAUAAAAGCGUAGUAACAAUACGACACAUGUCAACAGAAUGCGGGGCAUAAAUCAGGAGAGCUUUGCUUUGGGCCUGACAUUUCCAGUAGUUACUUCAGCUGCCAUUUUCAGGGGCCAGGGGGGGGGGUCGCUUGCAUACCUGUCAUCACAUGGCACACAAUGUCUGAUUGUUAGGUCACUAACGCCCACUGCAUGGUACGUCCCGCAGUUGACCUUUCUGACGGGGGAUAAUAGUCGCCGCGCCUGAUUCACGCCUUUUAUGUCUUCUGUCAAGAAGGUGUGCAAAAUCAAGUCUAUGUGGCGGCUGUUUAGACAGUCGUGGGACACCAAGCUUCUUCUUUCCGCCUUGACGCAUGAUCACACCCAAAAUUAUGGAAAAUGUGUACCGUCUGAGCGGCAUGGUUUGCUACAUCGGAAUUCAGGCUCAACUUUCGAAUGGCCGACUGGUGUUCAAGCACUCGCGUUUACAGCCGUCAGCCAGCUUUCCUACAUCGCUCGCUGCUGCUCUGCAGUUCUUAGACGAUGACUGACUCAUCCUGGUCAAGUAUGAGGUCUUUUGGCUCCAUCGCCUACCCACAUACUGCUGCUUGACCGCAGUGGCCGCGGAACUCCCUUCAAGUGAAGUAGGUGAAUUAACUCAUGAAAUCUCAACAUAAAUUCCGAAAUACGUUUUCGUUUCAAAAAGAUAAAUCAAAUAGGGUUGUAAAAACAAUCGUCUUGCAGCAUAAUUCUAUAAUACUUCAGUUACCCCAGGACGCCGGCUUUCGAGUAAACGUCUUUAUAUCUGCAUCCGAAAACCAUACUCGGUUAAGAAUGACUACUUACUUAGCAUGCAUUUUGCUCAUUGAUUUUCGAUGCCCUUAAAGAUUCAAUUAUAUUUCAUAGAAAAUAUGCAUACAGAUAUUCAUUCUCUUGCUCAUUCAGUAGAAAAUUACGUCUCCUUUUAAUUUUAUACUUGAAGGAAGAGUAUAACUUUGUUUUAUAAAACUUUUCCAAUUCCCGAAUAAUUAUGAACCCGACCUGCCGUCACACUUGCAUUCAGGGUUCCCAAACUGCAAGCCGUAAAAUUUCCGCGUAUGGAAAAUCAUCCAUUUCUCUACGGUAUUAAGGGCAGUCCAUAUGGGGUUCGUAAAAUUAAGCAGUGGAUUUGAACCAUAUUGUUACCUCUACAAGCCACAUUGGUAAAUGCAGAGACAUGACGAUUUAUGAAAGACCAUUUCACGGUAUUAAAAAAUCUAAUAAGUAGAAACAUUUAAAACCGAAUUACACCCUUUGCUUGGGUAUAAAAUUGGAAGAAGUUGUAACUUGUUAUCAAAUGAGCGAAAGAAUAAAUAUUUUUGUGCCUAUUUUCCAUGAAUUAUAAUUGGAUCUUUAAAGGCAUCGAAAAUCAAUGGAAAAGUCGUGCCAUUACGUAGUCAUUUUCUGCAGAGUAUAAAUUUUGCAUGCAACCGAGAAGUUCGUUCGAAAGCCGACGUCUCGCGAUAACUGAAUUAUUAUGGCAUUUUGCAGUCCAAUUAUUAGUUUUACAACCAUGCUUAAUUUAUCUUUUCGAAACGAAAACGCAUUUCGGAAUUUCGGUUGACAUUUCAUGAGUUAUCCCACCUAUUGUACGUACCGCUCUGCCAGGAUUUCACCGGACUGCGCUCUUCAUUCCGCUUCCUUAGGGGAAUUCGGUACAUCUCAGAAUAUGUGCGUAGGCAGCUGUUGGCUCUGAUUGGCUUUUGGAGGAGGUUUAUCUUGUCCUAUUAGAUGAACGCGGUGCUAUAGCGAGUUUCGCUUGCAUUGUAGUCCGAUGCUUGCUGUUCAGACUGGCUAUUUGUUAGUGUUGGUCGGUUCCUGCCAUCGUCAGCUGGACGCUUAGCUGACGGCUGCCAAGGGCAUCCAUGGACGGAAAUUCGUCCUUCAUUUCACUUUCUACCUCGUCGAGUACUGUCGUUUCCUGCAGUAGACAAUCUUGUCCCGUUCGGUGAGGAGAAAGGUUUCGUAAGAGUGGUGCGAACAAAGGUCCUUCGAGCUUUUGGAGAAUCACGCCUGAAACAAGCUCAUAGUUUGAUGAAUCCGGUGGACUGCCGUUGAUGUGGUCCCUUGGAAGUUAGGUAAUGUCCCGUGGCUGUGCCUUAUUUGUUCUCGCCGGAAUUGCGUGCGUUACGGGGCUUCGGCGCCUCGAGGUGUUUAUACUGUAGGGGCCCGUUAUAUUGACGUGAAAAAACGGCACCAUCGUUUAAUUCAGUGGGUUUUAGAUCGCAUCUUUUCCAUCCAGGAAUCUUUUUAUUGAGUGUUCAAUUUUUUGUGAGCCCGUGGUAAGUAACAUCAGAUUCUGGGAUGACGAUUUCUCAAGCCUGUAUGUGGGUGUGCUCCUAUGCGAGAAAAAUAGCCAGAAAGGACAUCCGACUUGCAUCUGUUUUUGGUGUUAGUAACCCUAUUUUCUUUUGUCGGGCAAGAAGGAUUUUCAUCUUUGUGAGCGACAAAUUCAGCGUAACGACAUCGCUGAUUCUGCAGAAAUCUUGCCUGAUUAGGCACACCAGGACUUAGUUUUGAUGGUCCGCCUUGUCGAUGACAACGGCUGGCCGUUCUUUGUCAACAGGCUGAAUCAGUAUUUCCAUGUCGACUUCAGACUCCUUCAACGUCAUUUAUUUCCCCUUAGUAGUAUACUGACUUCAUAGUGUGACAUGAGCAGCGAGGUAACCUGAUGUUGAAGGAGGUCUUUUGACUGGUUGACGAAGAACUCAACCGAAGGAAGCAGUGAGGGCGACCGGAGCCAUGCUGCACGAAAUUUGUUUGAGACUUGAUGAGGCAGAAGUAGUCCACUUGGCUUUAGUAGCCAUGUGGUCGGAUUCCGGGCCAUUGGUAAUUGUCGUUCAGCAGGUAGUACGUCAAGUUUGGAGGUACUACGCGUCAGUCUUUUGCCGUUGGUUAUCACAGCGGCGGAGUCAACAUGGACGGGGAUUGCAGGGGAAGCAAUAAAUUCGCUCUCAACCUGACUAAUAAAAUGUCCGAAAUUUUCGGGGAUGCAACUUCGCACCGAGUUGUCAAUAGGAGAGGAACCAGCGGCCAAAACCGCACAACUGUGGGAGUAUUCCACAUGUGCCAGAGCCGUCUCUUACCAAUCUCAGAACGACAGAUGUCCACCGUGUGCUCCACAGACAAAGUGAAGCAGAAAUGUCGACUUGUGCAUGGUUUCGUUUAUAGGGAACGUAGACUUGCACAGCAUCUAUCACACUCCCUCCUCCUCCCCCACCUGGACCAGCUGUCAAGACAGUCAAGAAGACCGGAGGGCGUUUCGGCGAGUGGUCGUGUAGAACAGGUAAAUCAGUUUCUAGGGCUUGAGCGGUCUCUAGAGCCCUACCCAUCACCGACCAGUUUGCACCCUUGUUCUAGCGUUUUGUAGCGGUAUUCUCAAAUGCGGUGUCAGUCACCUCGUCCUAUCGUUUGAACUCUCUACAUGCGAUAUUUGUAGCUGGAGGUGUUAAUCUUACAUGAACAACCAUGUCAUUCGUCGAAUACGUCGGAGAAGCCUUUGCCUGGUCGACUCUGUGUUGACAGGAGGCCUGUUUGAGAGGUUUAUCGGCUAACUGUAUUUGGCCAGGAGCUGUACAUAGGGCAUGGGCUUGUCGAAGGACAGCCUCCCUCCAAUCACAAGUCAGUUGAAACGUUUCGCGCCCAAAAUCCAUAUGGAUAAGCGGGUGAAACAGCGAACCGCAGGUCGCCUACCAGAAAGAACCUUGUUUUGUGGUUUCGGUUGAUAGAAGCGAACAGGCGAGUUCCAGGUAGCAGUUCAGAAGACGAAGAUGCGAUCACUGAAACAAGACAUUUAUCGGCCUGACGUUUCGGAUUCUCACUCGGACUGACAAGCCAGCACCGCAUCAAUUAGGACCCCAGCGGUGAUUGCGAGGGCUGUUAAUUACAGUACGCAUAUGGUCCCACGGCGGCCACGUGCUAUAAAUACUGCACUCCUUGUGUCACCACUACCCUUAUCUGCGAAUGUCUCUGAUGAUGGAUUCGAAUAAGAAUCCGAAAUGUCCGGCCGAUAAAUGCCUUGUUCCAGUGAUCGCAUCUUCGUCUUCUAUGUGGUUUCUAUCGUGUGAGCACGUCUUGAUGCACUUUGUCUUGACAUUUAGCUAGUCAAAUUCGACUGGGGAUAUGACCCGCGACCCACCGCGGUCUCUACUGUCCCCACCCUCUUUGACCGACGGGGUAAGUGGUUGUCCCGCUUGUGUACUGUCUCCAACCAAAUAGAUUCGAAAAAUCAAAAAUAACCCUCUCCAUAAGUGAAGAAGAAGAGCCGAGCUCCGGAAAACACGGCUAGAUCGCAGUCGGUAGCCAGGUCCGUAUUACAGGUGGCGAGGGGUUUGUUUACUGGGGCUAUUUUGUGGGGUUCCAUAAUCGCACCGGCCCUAUUUGGCUUCCGUUUUACGUUUGAGGUUAGGAUUAGGGUACCAGUUAAUGGUUUCCGAUUUUCGGGUUAGGGUUAUGCCUUCCGGCUUGGGUUUUCAGUUAGGGUUAGGGUUUGAUUGUGCGAUUAGGUUUCAGUACUACGGUUGGGUUUUUCAGUUAUGGCUAUGUCUAAGGGCUACGGUUACAUUUACGAUUUUGGUUAGGUUUGCCGUUAGGGUUAAGGGUCGAAGUUUAAGGUUGAGGUUAGAUUUAGGGUUGGGGUUAAUGUUAGGAUUAGAGUUAAGGUCGCCGUCUGCUACUUGACUACCAACUGCGAUCUAGCCCGGAACACUUUGUUUAUUGUCCUGAGCCUUCAGAUUCGUACAGGAGUCCAUCGUCCGAGGUAGUAGCAACAACAGAACAAGCGACAGUUGUAAGGCAUGUAGACCAAUCAUCGACCGCCGGCGUCUGAUCUCCUUACUCUGCCUGGAGUCUUUUCCUCUUUUAUUUAAUAAACGGCAUCAGACAAGACACGGGGUUAGGUAUGACAGUUCGACGUCGUUGCUGGCGGUGUUCACCGUGUGUUCCAUGGCAGGGACAGAGCAGGUGGGGUGAUUUGAGCGUGAUUUAUUUUAUAGUGAUGGCGGGCUUGCGUAGCGCCUACCGCACUCUCUUCUCUCUUACCUGGGUCCGGUGUCAUAAGGGCGCCAUAAAGGCUAUCCAUUACAGCCUGGCUCUUACAAUGCCUGUCGGUCACUCCUGGUUCGACUUCGAGGCCCAUGUUUCCCGUCAGUUGACAGCCUAUCAAGUUACAGCAGGCGGGCUUACUCAUACAAUGUCAGCUGAAGUUCCGAAAUGCGUUUUCGUUUUGAAAAGAUUAAUAAAGUGAUGUUGUAAAACUAAUCAGUCUGCAGUAUAAUUCUAUGAUAAUUCACAUACCUCAGUAUGCUGGCUUUAGGAGGAACGUCCAUUGCAUGCAAAAAUGCUACUGUGAAAAAUGACUACUUAAGUAGCAUGCAUUUUUCUCGUUGAUUUUCGAUGCCCCUAAAAGUCCAAUUAUAUUUAAUAGAAAAGAUGAAUAAAAAAUUCCUUCUUUCGCUUUUUCGGUAGAAAAUUACGUCUUCUUUCAAUUUUAAACUAAAAGGAGCGACAUAAUUUGGUUUUAAAAAGUUUCCAAUUGUGAGACUUUUAAAUACCGUGAAAUGGCCGUUCAUAAGACGUCAUGUCUCUGCAUUUACCAAUGUGGCUUGUAAAGUUAACAACAUGAAUCAAAUGUUAAAUUCUUUGAACCCCACGUGGGCUCCUCUCAAUACCCUAGAGAAAUACGUGGUUUUCCGUACGCGGAAAAAACAUGGCUUAUAGUUUGGAAACCCUGGAUGCAAGGUCGGGUUCAAAAUUAUUUGGCAAUUAGAAUAGUUUUUGAAAACUAAGGAAUACCCUUGUUUCGAGCAGAAACAUGGAAGAAGAUGUAAUUUUCUACCGAAUAAGCGAAUGAAGGAAUAUCUUAUGCGUGCUUUCUAUAAAAUAACACUGGAUUUUUAGGGUCAUCGGAAAUCAACGAGAAAAAUCCACGCUUCUUAAGUAGGCAUUAUUUACAGAGCAUCGUUUUUGUACGCAACCGAAACUAUGUUCGUUCGAAAGCCAACAUCCUGAGGUAACUCAAUUAUUAUAGAAUUAUACUGCAGGCUGAUUAAUUUUACAACCCUACUUAAUUAAUCAUUCCGAAACGAAAACGCGUUUCAGAAUAGUGCUUGACAUUGCAUGAGUUAGCCCACCUACUGUACGUGGGAUUGUUUAUAGUGAGGAAAAUGCUCUAAGUCGUCGACCUCAGUCUCCCUUCUUAGUCCCAGGUCCUGGCCGCUGUCUGAGCUGGCCGGUCAUCUGGUGCGGUUAGUGGGCGCAAUAGCUGGCAUAUCUAUUGGCCACGUCUGCGCGCGCUACAUGCACGACCUGUCCCCAUAAACACAGGCACAAGGAUGUCACACAUCAGAGGGUGGGCGGUAUACUCCUCAUAUGCGUGAGACUGCCAGAGGUCACGUCACAUUAAGAAGGAGCCGUUGCAGCCUGACUCUCAGCCUACCAGUCCGCCACUCCACACAUGACUGGGCAGACUGCGUGGAUUGAGUUGGUGCGUCAGUCGGCAGUCUUCCAAGCCACGACGCUUGACGCGCGUGAUAGCCUCAGCCUCAAAUCACACGUGCAGCAAACAAACAGCAUGGAGACAGAGCCGAGACGCUUGCGUGGGAGGUUGCAAUUGGAUGCUUGUGCUAGAUGAUGAUGUUGCGUGAUGUAGGCGGAGGGUGGUGUAACGAUGUAGUUUAGCCGGCGGUGGCCUACCGCAGGUUUUUGUGAAUGCGCAUGUGUCCUGAUAGGCCCAUGCCGUGGGUGAACCUGCAAGGGCAGUUGUGACGAACGCGAUGAGUGAAUGUGGGUGCACCAGGCACUGAGUUGCCAGUCCCUAUGCGAUGGAUUCGCAAGUGAUCGACCAGGCCGAUUUGUAAGGUGGAGGUGGGGGGACAGUUUGGGCAGGAUAGGUCGGGAGCGCCAGAGGUCGUCUCUUUGAUGUUGAUGGUGGUGGCGGAGGAGGAGGAGCUGCUGGGGUAGGUUCGUUGGGCGGUGCGGCGUUGAUUGGGCUAGAGAUAGUGGGUGUAGAAGGUGCCCUAUGUGGGUCGAUACGGCGAUGAAUUCCGCUGUCGUGGAUAAGCAUGUGACCGGCUAAGCCCAUUCGGUGCAUGAAUGUGCGUGGGCAAUGCGGACAGCGGAGGCGGAUGCGGCUGGUGUAUUUGGGUGCCCCAGACAAUGGUUGAUCAGCCUCCAUGAGAUGGACUUGCAAGUGACCUACCGGGCCGAUGCGCGAGGUGAAGCUGCAGUGGCAGUGUGGACAGGUUGGAAUCAAUAGAAGCCAGGAGACAAGUCCCAGAAAUCAAUCUAGACGAAAGAGACACGAUCGCUGGGACAAGAGCUUUAUUAGACUGAUGUUUCGGGUUCCUGCUCGAACCCAUCAUCAGAGACAAAAGCAGAUGAUGAGGUUCGAGCAGGAAUCCGAAACGUCAGGCUAAUCAAGCUCUUGGCCCAGCGAUCGUGUCUCCUUCUACAAAGUUGGGACCAAGUCCACACCACUCGUGUUGACGGCGAAGUUGAUGUUUGAUGGUACGUUAUGAGUGUUCGCACUGGUGGUGGAGGCAGAAGCCGUCGUAGCACAUUUUGAGGCGGGGACGCUGUUGGAGGAUAGCUACGGGAGAUCGGGAGUACCGUUAGCGUUGUUUGUGAACACGGGGGCGGGGCAUAGGUGAAUGGGGAGGCAUCAAUUGGUGUUGUCCGAAUGCUGUAGUUGGUCCAGAGAUGUACAACAAGAACGAUUUGUAUCCAGAAUGUUCGCUGACACCGUGGGCGGAUCAAAGGCAGUUGAGCGUUGGCGUUGCGAGGUAGGGGCAGUUGAAAUUUGGGAGCUUCACGUUUGCCUUUGGUGGCGCUUGCGCAAUUGUCUUCGUAGAUCGCUGCGCCGGUCUUCAAUGUCCUCCUCCAAGCCCAUCGGCUCUUGGCGAGGUCAUCCCAGUUGGCCGAGUUGAUCUGCAGGCGCUUCAAGGAAGGUCUUUAUAGUGUCCUUGUAGAGUCGUACUUGACCUCCUUGUCAACGAGAACUCGUGGCGAUACCUCCGCAGAAGGGUCGUUCUGAUAGUGUAGACAAUAAACUUUUGCGCUGAGAGGAAAACGCAAUGGCGUCAUCUCUGCCCGACUACUCUGAUCGGAUAACACUCCGAUCUCUUUUGGACGUCACCACUACGUGUUCAGCAGGACUUGCUGGCCUCGCAGAAGGACCCGCUCCCAAAAGAAGUCUGCUGCGUAGGCCUCGCUUUUGAGUAACUCUAGUAAGAGGAACGCUGAGUCCUCGUUGAAACCGUGGUCCUGAGUAAGCUGGCCUCAUGCCCUUCGAAGACCACAGAGAAGUGCUCGGUUGCAGGUUAUGCGAGCCGCGCGACAGAGAACCUCCUGCAGACCUUGGAAGGUGUUGGAUCUCAGUCCCCAGUGCAACACUCUCGGCCUAGCAUGAAGUCAUUUUACGUAGACGGGCUAUUUUUCGCAUUGCUUGGACGAGUGCUCUGCGUUUAGAAGAAAGGUUGCCUAGGUCGGAGCGUCCCUGUGCGCAGGCACCCUGAUCCAGCUGGAAGGCCGCGACGACGACGAUCCAGGGUUUAUGCGUCCAUGAAAUUGCAACAGCCGGACCCACAGGUGGUGCACCACUGACAUGCGACAGCCCAAAAGACGACUAAACCAAAUGAAACGCAUUCACACGCCCACGCGUGACUGGAAGCGAUAGCAGAAUUGUCGAUGUAGCCUGCUGGGGUUCGGUUACGCACCAUAUGACAUACGGCUCUGCAACCGAUUCUAGGGGUGCCUAUCCCAGCAUCCUAGCGACGAAUUUAAUCAUAGUCCUAACCCCCCCCCACCCCCCCCCCCCUUAGAAUUUGGCGUCAGGCCAGCUGCAAUACGGGAGGGCUACCUAUUCCCAUGUCCUACCCAAAAAUUAAAUACCGACUCUUUUGUUUGCAGUGCAGCAUUCGGCCGUUAGGUUACGCCUGCUAUUUUUUUGCCAGUCAAACCUAAGGCAAACGAAGCAUCUCAGAUUUAUAUUGGGAAUAUCGUGGUGCGCCUUAUUUAACGAGAACCACAAAAAUGUGCAUGGUAUAUGACUAAACGUUAGAGCAUGCGAUUAGGGAGGACUUACAAGUAAAGCUCCUGAAGAUUGGACGGAUUCACUUACCAGGACAAACGCGCCUUUUGGCCUGGACAGCCUGAUUGGGCAGACAGUAUUGAAUUUUUAGAGUGUCUUCUACAGAAAAUGGUCAUUUGAGUGUGGACUUCUCCAUAAGUCUUUCGCCGGUCAAAAAAGCCUGAAAAUGAACAACCGAUUUUAAGGCGCAAUCUUUUCAGCAGACUUUAAUUCUCCCAUUUGUUCUAUACUAUCUGAACUGUCCGGUACGUUUGCAAAAUAGAGAGGAUGAUGCAAUGAAGUCUCCGUCCAAAAGUUAUUCCCUGCACUUAAGUGAGAGGGUGAAAGUAAUUGUGAACAGUCCGUUUGAAUUUCCACCACCUGGACAAUGCUAUACUCCUCCUUAUGCUUAAGUAGCCAUCAAACACGCCCCGGAUGCCGCUUCAAAGGAGCACCGCAAAAGAUCAAACGCCACAACCUAAGUCUGGGUGGCGUUCAUUUAUUUUUUUCUGUUUUGUAGUAGAUUGCCUGGUCAAAACGGUUUUUGUUUGCUAAAAGCAUGCGCGUUUAUGCUGAUAUGUUUUGUACAGCGGACUUGCUUUGAGUAAAGGGGCCACCUCAGCCAACCAAUUCGUAGUCAUUGUCUUUAGUACUUUGCGGCUGUACAGUUUUUAUCCAUCUAUUGUGAGAUUUGAACAUCCUAUCUCAAGAUCUGGGCAAAUGCUGUGUCCUUUCAAAUAGCGGUUUGUUUUAUAUCAUAUGAAGCACGGCAUCCGCUCCAGUGCUCCAGAUUGGAAGCUGGUCAAUGGGAAGACGGAGAAAUUAAUAGUCACCCAGGUAGUCUAAUUUAAAUUAUUAUUAUAAAUGUUUCUGAUUUGAUUCGAAUUAAUUUAGGCACGGGAAUACGUAACUCCUCAUUGCAGGUGGUCUUUCGCUAAAUCCCUAAGGAAGGGGGGGUUAGAGUGAGUAUUAUGACUUGGAAAGUUAGCGUUGAUAAUGGGGUUAGGGUUAAAGUUAAGACACGUUAACAGGUACCGCACUGGAACUUAGUGUAUGCCACCUGCAAUAAGAAAGCGCACACUUAUUUACUUGUCCCCAACCGCGAAUGCGUCCUUGAAACCAGAAUAUUGACUAGCAUAGAUAAGUUAUAACGGGACUAUGCUUGCACGUGAAAUUACCGUGGUCCGGAGUUAGGAAAUCAGGUUACUAAAAGGAUGCCGCAUAUAAUAAAUCAUACACAAUGGGUGUGGUCUAUGGCCAUGAGUACAUGCUCCGGGAGGCAAUUGUGCUAGAAGAAAUUAACUGACGAUAUCUAUUUGUACGUGCCAAAUACAGUAGAUUUGCUAACUCAUGAAAUGUCAACCAAAAUUUCGAAAUGCGUUCUCGUUUCGAAAAGAUAAAUCAAGCAGUGUUGUAAAACUAAUCAGGAUGCAGCAUAAAUCUAUAAUGAUCCAGUUACAUAAGGGUGUCGGCCUUCGAAAGAACUUAUCUUCGGCUGUAUACAAGAUGUACUCUGCAAAAAAAUGACUACCUAAUUGGCAUGGAAUUUUCUCAUUGAUUUUCGAUGCCCUUGAAAAAAAAUUAUAUUUCAUGGAAACAAAUGGAUAAAAUAUUCAUUCUUUUACUUAUUCGGUAGAAAAUCACGUCUUCUUCCAAUUUUAUACUCAAAGGAAGAGUAUAAAUCGGUUUUAAAAACCUUUUUAAUUCCCGAAUAAUUUUGAACCCGACCUGCUGUUACGCUUGCAUUCAGAGUUUCAAAACUACACACUGUAUAUUUUCCGUGUACGGAAAACCAUGCAUUUCUCUACGGUGGUAAGAGGAGACCAUAUGAGGUUCAUAAAAUUAAGCAGUGGAUUUGAGCAAUAUUGUUAACUUUAUAAGCCACAUUAGUAAAUGUAGACACAUGACGUUUCGUGAACGGCCAUUUAAAGGUAUUAAAAAAAUCUCAUAAUUAGAAACUUUUUGAAACCGAAUCAUACUCUUCUUUUGAGUAUGAAAUUGGAAGAAGACGUAAUUUUCUACCGAAUAAGUAAAGGAAUGAAUAUUUUUAUGCAUGUCUUCCAUGAACUAUAAUUGAAUGUUCAAGGGCAUCGAAAAUCAAUGAGAAAAUUGCAUACUAAUUAAGUAGUCGUUUUUUUGCAGAGUAUAGAUUUUGCAUGCAGCCGAAAAUAAGUUCUUUCGAAUGCCGACACCGUGAGUUAACUGGAUCAUUAUAGAUUUAUGCUGCAUCAUGAUUAGUUUUACAGCACGUCUUAAUUUAUCUUUUCGAGACGAGAACGCAUUUCGAAAUUUUGGUUGACAUUUAAUGAGUUAGCACAUCUACUGUAAAGAAAUAAAAAGACCUCGUUGGCUCUGUUGCGUAAAGGCGGUUAAGAUGCUUUAAGGUAGUCAUUGGAGUAAAAAUACAGCAAUGCAAUACCUUUUUGACAAUGCCUGCAAAGUAGCAUUAAGUUUAUUUCCUAUUCAUGUUAGAUGUCAGAAAUAGUGCCUUCUUCAAUCGGUUGCAAUAUAGAGGAUGAAAAAUUUGUGAUACCAGAAAGUUCUUAAAACAUUCAACUAUUUCUGCCAACAAAAGUGCUCCCCAGUGUAAGUAGCCCCGGCCAUAAGCCAUACCCUUGCCAAUAACACCUUUGGUUCAACCUUGUUAAAAUGUCACAAGUUUGCUCGCAUGUGUUCGUAUAAAAUCCAAUGUGCAGGCCGUUCUGUAUUCUCGAAAGCUGGCUUCUUGCAACGCUUCUAUUAUUCUAAAUGCUGUCCGAAUAUGGCGAUUUCAAGCUUCGACUCAGAUUUUUAAAGAGUUUAAGGGAUGUAGGCUCCCGACUUCAUACUAACCAACCAGCUACGAAGCAAAGAGGAUAAUUUAAUUAGUAAAAUGUUAUUUGGAAUUAUGGUGUUCUGUGGUCGUUUAGUCUUUUACGAUGAGAAACUCCAGUGUUGGCAUGAGAUGAUGGCAGUUUAUUUAUUGCCAGCGACGAGAACUACCAAUACACUCGGAACGGUGCUGUGGAGACAUGCGCGUGAAGGAGGACAUGCUCCGCGCCAAGCUCACCCGCUCUUUCUUCCCGCUCUCUCCGCUCCAGUGCUCUCCGAGAAGUGUUUAGAUACUAUGAGCCGAUAUGUCGAUUAACACUCACCAGGGUAUCAUGGCGUAUCGGUCUAGUGAGCCGAGGACACGCAUUCGUCUAGAGGGAUACCUUGGUAGUGGCAUUGAUCGAAACCACGCAAGCGUGAUCUUCAAAUAAUUUGCUUUAUUAGUAUAUGCUGUCCAGUCCGUUGUGGCCACAUUUACAGCGGCUGCAGUGCAACUGAAGUGUUAAAUAUAUUUUAUAUGUCAUUCAGCAGGAAUGGAAAGGUGCUUACCUUCAAAGAGCGGUAUGAUAAAUAUGCAUUAUUGAUGAUGUUUUUAAGAAACUGCGCCCAACUGAACAGACUAUGCUGCACUUGUAAUAGUAUUGGAACUAAAUUUGAGCAGUUGGCUCUGGGUACCAGGAUGUAUAACUCUUUUGAUUCCUUGUUUACAAGUUCCGGCACGGAUGCAAACCCGCCUAGACAGUUAUCACAUUUUCUGUAUUUCUCAUAGUAAAUCGCUUUGGACACACGGAACUCAAACUUUAUUUUUUAAACCCAUCAAAUAUCUGAGCCUUUUUUUAAAUAUAAGACUGCCUACUGGGAAUCUCCCUAACGUCUGAGUACAACUAUUCAAAAGGAGCUUGCCGUAUUGUCCGUUCGUAUAGACUUUCAAAAAAUGACUUACCACUUGACUUCAGCAGUGCGCUUCACGCUGCCAUCAUAUAGCGUGCUAAUUUUUAGUCUACCGUUAUUCAAUCCAUCAAUAAGUUAUGUAGCGUUAUUCAACGGAGGCGUCUGCUGUUGAAUGUAGACAUUCGCGGAUUCUCUCAGUGCACACCGAUUCAGCGUUAUUGCGCCCUAAUUUUUCGCUUUAUUAUUAAGCUGUUGCCGAAGAUAUACAACAAAAUAUUUAAAUUCUUCAGAGCCCCUAUCUACCAACACGAAGAUUUAGCCCAGUGAAGACGCGACUGUGCCCCCUUUCUUGUCUCAGAUUCCUUGCCGACACUGCAUACGAAUGGCGAAUUCAUUCGCCUAAUGUAUCAUUCUGCCCGAGUUUAUGUAGGAAUUUCUGUAGAAAGGCUUGUAGCACGAGAAAUCGUUUGACAUUGAUGAUUAGGCCUAGUUAUCAGACGGAACUUUAAUAUAUUUUUUCAUUUAACCCUCUAAAUUAAAUGAGGCCUCUGGUCGCAGUGUGAAGCAAUUAAUUUGUUUAAAAACGGGCAGUCACACGUGUCCAAAUGGGAGUUGUGAGGCGGAGAAAGUAACAAUGUAAUGGCCAUUUCCGGCUUGUCUGCCUCCAGUAGCCAGUCACAGCAUGCUGCAGUGGUCUGACUUUUGAAUGCUAAUCUGAGUGAUCACCAGGCUAUCUAUCAUAUGUGUGUUCGUGAACUCUGUACCCUUGUCACCAACACCAGACCGAAAAUAUCAGCAAUUUUAAUUUUGCUGCCGGCAUAGCUGGCUGAUGAGGUCAUAUAUAUCAGGAAUGAGCCAGCAUGCGGUAGUCGAAUACCGGCUGGUGAUCCGUCUUGAAGAGGCAAAGCAAAAACCGGGACGAUCAGACCCCACUUUGCGCUUUCGCGAGACUAACAAGAACACAUGCAUUGCUGUACUGCUUGGCGUACUAGCAGUGAGUUGAGAUACUUUUGGAAAUUAAUUCCACCUUGUUUGAUAUAGUUUUCAUUGGGUUUUGAAGGCCACAUUUGACGAAGGACUCGUCCGAGACGCUAAGGUAAAAUCAGGUGUUCAACUCAACAGAUUGAACACUACCUGAUUUCGCAAAGCUUUUCCAUAAUUGCUUGCAUGAAGCAUUCUAGUUGACAGUUGUCAAAGCCUUGAAGAAGGAGACACGAUCGCUGGGACAAGAGGUUUUUUAGUCUGACGUCUUGGAUUCCUGCUCGAACCCAUCAUCAGAGACAAAAGCAGAUACGGGUGGUUCAUGCACAAGGGGCUGCAGUACUUAUAGGAUGCAGUUGCCAUGCUUCCGCAUACCUAUGAACAUUCACGUCCCCCACGCCCCGGGGAUCGUUGAACUUGGUGUGCUAAUUGUUUGAUGGCCGACAUUCGCGCCGUUAAUUGCUGCAAUUUCAUCACGUGCGUCGGAUGUCGGUGUGGUGAUUGCUCGACCAUCGGAUCCACCGACCUGGAGUUGGGAAGAGUGUUCACUUGUGCGCUCCCCGCGUGGUUAAUUAUUCCGCCUAGGCGAAGUUUCAGCACCGAGUAUGGAAGGUUAAUAUCAUUGUACUUGUUAAUGGACUGGGGGCCAGUAAACCAUGAUGCAAGUAGCUCCCGGCUCACGCAGUUGUCACCUCUUGCGAGAAUUUCGGCCUCGUCGAAUUUGAAUCUGUGGCCGGAACUCGUGGAAUGAGCCGCAACUUGAGAGCUGGCGUUAUUUCUCAGCACCCCUACAGCGUGUUCGACCAUUUUCGUUCGGAGCUGUCUUCCGGUUUCUCCGACGUAGAUGCUUUGUCCGCAACUGCACCAGAUCCGAUAAACGACUCCAGACGUUUCUAGCCGUGGCAGUGGGUCUUUUGGAUGUCAAAACCGUUCGCGAAAAUCUUUUUUCAUGGUGUGGAUCCCUUUCAGCGAGAAUCUAUGCUUAUAGAUAUUUGAUUGUUCUUCUUGAAAGUUCGAACGGACGGAUAAUGUCCACAAUGUUUUUGCAUGUGGCAGUGUCUUCUUCUCGAGCUUGAAUUGUUUGAUUACGUCCAUGGUUCCUAUUUAAUUUGUGUAUUACGUAUAGAUUUUCUGACUCUGAAUGCUAACUAAUUUCUGUCCAAAGAAAGCAAAUACACCCUCUGUGCUCGAAUGAAAAGGACUGUUAAUAGACCCAGUGUUACGUAUUUUAUGUCAUGUUCUCAAAUGAUCACGUUUUUGACCUUACGCUUACUUAAAACGCCGUGUCAAAAAUACGUAAAUUGUAAUAUUUUUAGCAGCAGUAUAACUACCCUGUGCUUUUGUUUUAUGAAAUACAGCGUAACUAUCGUAAAGUCCGAGAAUCGGUUCUAUGCUUAAAUCUUGGUUUCAUCCCGUGAUGAACAAAUCAGACAUCAUUAAAAUGCCCGUCGGAGAGCCAACAGAUUGCACCUCAGGAAUUAUCCGGGUACAACGUCCCACAACCACUAUUACGUAACCGUCCCUACUGGAUAGCAUUAGGGGCGUUUCAUUAAAAGGCACUUAAUUACCUUUUGUCGUUUGCUGCUUAAGGAAAAAACUGACGAAAGUUGGUAAACACGCAGCCGCCCAUUUAUUUACUCAUGCUGAUAGUUGAAUGGCAGGGCUACUGGGCAUGAUCGUCGACCUCUCGCGCGUAACCUCUCUUCGUGCCUUCUUAAUAACGGUCCGAGGAAGGCAUGUGCUAUCCAGCAUGACAGCAGCAAUCAAGAGAUCCUCGGGAAACCCGGGAGGAAGGUGGGCGUAGUAUUUUUUGGUAAAACUCCCCUUUCUUACUAACAAAGCGAUUACAGGCCUGGAAUGGCCAUUUGUGAUAUACAUAGUCCGACGUCAAACUCCCGACUGGAACUCCGGUUCGCUCGCCGUUGGCUGCAGGGGUUUCGUAACCGUGAUGCGGUGUGUCAAACAAACUGCAAUCCCAGGCUCUGGUGUGGUCACUUAAGGAAAUAUUGCGAAUGCGGAGGACGGGACUUUACCAACUGAACCUUUAAAAGACUCGAAUUCAGCAUUGGGGGUAGGGGAAUUGCUGGCGCCACGCGGAUUUUGCUCAUCUAAGCUGUGUCUAUGGAUAAAAUUGUUUCCUCGCGGGCUGUUCGUUGCCCCUCUCCCCCCUGCCGCAUGUGCCCACAAGACUUUCCUUGAAGUUUUGCUGAGAAUUUCACAGUGCGUGAUUUUUGGUAGCAUCUAUGUAAAUGACAAUCGUGUAUCUUCAAAAAUCGCCCUGACGAAUGUUAAAUGUGCUUGCACAACAACCCGUGAGAGUUGAGACGGUACAGCUGCUGUUCGCGAACAGUCAAUGAAUAACUGUCAACGGGAAAUAUGGAGAUGUUACAAACAAGCCCUACGGGCGACUGCAUUGGAUGCCUCCCUCAAACGUGUAUCUGGUAGGCAGAAAAACAUCUACCAUGGUUCAGAAAGACCUAGAACUCAAGUUGGGGUUCAUUUUGUGAAUUAACAAGUUAGUCUACCAGAUAGAUUAUCGUCUUUCGUUCUUUCGGUUACAGCCGGAAAUAGUUUGCGCCGAUCUACCUUGACUAUUUUAUUUAGCUUCCUUUUCCCUCUUGGAGCACCUAUUUGGGGCCCUCAAGGACGACUGAGUAGAACUUAAUAUCCACGGACACGUGGUUACCAGGAGACUUCUGGAUAUGUGGCUGAUGGAUAGUGGUCAAAGUAUUCAUGCAUCAAAUUUCGGUCUACUUCUAUAGAUUUUAAUUCAAACUGAUUCUCUUCAAGGUAACAGUUAGUUUCUGAGGGAAUUAAAAAGCUAAAAUUUCUAAACUGGAGCAUCAGAAAGCACACGGGGAAUGCUCGAGGAACCACUGACGAGCCGAACUCCUCGCAGCCGCGCCAUGCAGGGGCAGUAAAUCCGCGAAAUAAGUGUGUCUGAGCUUUUAGGUAUUGUCUUUGCUGUUAGUAUGGUAUCCCGCAACCCAGUAUGUAACUAUGAGUUGAUGUGAAAUUCGGUUGGAAGAAGUUUCAUCCGUGAUCUCCAUCCAUACAUAGAUUUGUCCUGUUAUUUCUCAAAGGUGCAGCUUAGCCUAUUAUCUCAGUACCUCCAGUAAAUUUUCGUACGUUUGCUACAAGACCAUCGACAGUCUACGUAGUUUACACUCGUGCAUUCAGCCGUAAAAUGGUUUCUGGUGUUAUAGGACACCACACCAGCCGUACAAUUAGUAGUUCUAAUACCUGUAUGGUUUCUUGCAGCCCAAGUAUAUACUACUAGCUACCUGUUGGCAGUUUGAUGAAUAUUACUCGGUUAUUCCACUGCAGCUGAUGGACGUCGGCCCAAAUAUUUCGGUUUGCGCCUAUAGACCUUAAUUAAAGUCGAUUUACUCCACGUUGGUGGUUAUGUCUUGAUGAUAUUAAAAAGCAACAUUAGACCAAUUCUUUAAAAACACUAUUGUAAUCUCUCCUUGUGCUCUAGCGUGCAACCUGAGUACUUCUGCUCAAAUCGCCUUCAUGCUGCCGAAGCAGUUCAGCCCCACAAAUGCGCAUAACCACUGCGAUACAGCAGAAACCAUCUACAGUCGUCAUCUCUCGAUGGGCCACAUCUCUGAAUGGCCUUACUUUUCUCCCGACGAGCGCGUGGUGGUAGCCGCCAGUCUGAACGGAGGCAACGUAAUUGACCGGUUUGUGAAGAUGCUGCGUGCUUGGUGCCGUCAGCUGGGCUGUGCUGCCAUGGAAGACGAUCACGUAAGUCCGACAGUCAAAAAAGUUUGGUUUUUCCAGCCUAUCAAGCGGGAGUUGUCUGGCUGGAAAACUGCCUGACCCUGGGUUGGCGAAGGGACUUUCCCUACUGAUCAGAAGUCAAAAUCGGUUUCACCGACCUGCUCACCCACCUUUCACUUUUUUUUCUUUUUUCUUCUUCUCCUUCAUCCUUUCUUUCUUUUUAAGGCAUCCGACGCUAGGGUAUCUCGGUUCAUUGGUGUUGAUUAUGCCGCGAAGCAUCAAAUAUGGGUCUUCUAAGCGAAUAUCCUUUGGGUAUGACUAACGUUUUGGAAUGGUAUUUUCAACAGAGCAUGAGUUCGAAAGACGCAAGACCGGAAUUCACAGCUAGUUUUCUUCUGACCGUCUCCGAAGUCGCCAUUAUUUCACCGUCUGUUCAGGACUCAUAAUUGUUUCUUGCUUCAACUCGCGUGCUUUGUAGACACCGAUGCUGAAUAGGAAGCAGAAUAAUCUUUUAUGUACGCAUUCCUCCCUCGAUACACAUGGAUUGAGUAUGUAGCGUAGAAGUAAAUACGUGCACUAUGAUUUUGCAGUCGUGAGAGAAGUUAAAAUGUGACAGAAAAUAUUUAUCACCGGUAUAUAAGAUUAGUGGUUUACAGGGCUAAGUCUACUCAGGUUGGUGUUGUAUUUUAAGGAAUCAUUAGUGAUUCCGUUUUUGUUUUUAUGCAUAUCCCUUGUUUUUAUACGCUUGUUACCACAUUUUCGACUUUCAUGUAGAUGAUACAAAUUAUUUACGAAAGUUGUUUUCUAAUGCCUACUAUCCGAUUUAAACUGAUGACUGAUAUGCCACACGUCAUAGGACGAGUUUCAACUAGACGGCGAGAAGUUAGGAUAAAUCCCACCAAGCCAACCUUUAACGAACUUACCGAUCAAAACUCUGUUAGGGGAAUUUCAUGUAUUGACAAGGUUUUUCGGAAAAAGUGACCAAGUAAAUUGGGGUUUCUUGAGGAACAUUGUGCUUUCUUGGUAUGCUGUGUGCUUCUACCUUUGCUGCCCUUUCGUUAAGAUGCAGCUUAGAAACGACGCAGCUCUUUAAAGCAUGGGCCAGUUCUUCACCGCUGAAAUGCCUUUUUCUUAAGAGGUGUUAAUUACUUUCGCAUAAUUUUAAACCGUUGCAGCCAAAAGCGGGUCAAUGUCUUUCGUGGGUUGAGUUAUUUGAUGUAGGUUAAUAAGCACUGCUUUUAAACAAGAAAACCCUUGUUUGACUUCAUUUAUCUUACGUAUAGUUUAGCGCCUGCAAAGCGGAGAUUUAUGUACUUCGGUUGUUCUCUCAUCAAAGAUCUGUAUCUCGUACUGUAUGGAAAGUAUACCUCAAACUUUUGUAUGUUCCAUGAAAGUAGAUAUUUUCUAAACGAAUCGAACGUAUGCGCGCCACAAAACUUGAAUGGGAAAGGAAACCCUUUGAGCCAACUAAUAGUUAUAGGGGAAAUAUCACACGAUAAAUAAUGUCACAUGAUUCAUACAGUGUAAACGUAGGCUUGUUUUUAUAUUGCGAAUGUCCAGAACUUGCACUUACAGCUCUGUUUCCAAUUUAGACAAAUGACUAAGCUAAAUUUGUAUCUAUUUGAAAGAUAGUCAUGUUUACAUGCAAUUUGAUUGUUGCCUGUCAGAUGGGGUCCACACACUUCCUUGUGCAUUUCUUGGCCUUCUUGUAGAAACUGACCAAUGGUGUUCAAUAAAUUAACUGCAAAACAGCCCCUUACAUGAACGUUCUCCUCAUGCUAACUGUAUACGAAAAAGGGGACAGUGAACAGAAUUUCGCGUUCUUUUUUAAAGGCUGAGAGUGCGAUUUUCAAACGCAAAAAAUGCUUUCAGUUUGGACGAAGGUUAGCCGUACAAAAGAUAUUAAUGAUCGUGAUGUUUCGUUUUCAUACCAGCAUUCCUACUGGCCCAAUUAAGCACGGCUUCGUCGAGGCUCAAAUGUGUCGUGCCGUCCUUAUAUUUCUUUUGAAGUUGGCCCACAAAACAUCGUUAGACUCCUCCUGCGAUGCGAAGAACGCCUCUGGUUGAUGAAAUAUUGAAAAGAACAACCGUUACCUAUUCAUGAUGAAAAGCAAUAAUUUCAGGAAAAUCAGGAUGUUAACGGUAGUCGGUGGUUUACCGAAUAACAGAUAUUCCAAUUUGACUGAACGACAGAAGCGAGCUCCGAGUUCCAAUCUGCAGCCGGUGAUCAAACGCAUGAAAUUGAAACCGAAAUAGUGAAAUUCGUUUUCCAUUAGGAUGUAUUAAAUAAAUAAAUAAAUAAAGUUGACAUUGGUGAUAGUGUGGCAUACUUCCAAAAUAUUUCAGUCACGUAAGGAUUCCAUGUAUUUGCCACACUUACUUACGCCGCCUACGAAGAAGUCAGUUCAAAGUGACUACUUAGGCAUUAUGAUCAUUUUCCGUUGAUUUUCAUUCCACAUACAAAUCCAAGCGUUUUAGAAAUCUCGACUGGAUGCAUCAUUUCUGGUAUGCAGUUGGCAAAAACUUACGCCACUACCUUUAAUACUUGAAAGAAUGGUAUCUUUCGGUUUUAACAAAACUGUAACUAUGAGAUUUUUUAAGACCGUCCAAUGUUCCUUCAAAUGGUCUCCCACUUGCCCAUUCAUUAAUGCUUUUUGUGAAAUAUACAACGUAAUCCACAUUUCUUGCAGCACUUUUGGGUCUUCCGUGGUAUAUUCUCAAUGCCAUGGAAGGAUGUACAAUUUUCCGGGUAUGGAAAUGAUACAAGGUGCAGUCUGUAAACUCUAAACGCAAAUCCAAAGACAGAUCGAACUUAAAAAAGUGUUCCGAAAUUGAAAAGCUUUUUAAAAAACAAAAAGCUAUCCUUGUAUGUCCAUUAGCUUUGAAGACGUGAUUUGUUGCCAAAUAUGUGCCAGAAACGAGAUUUAUUAAUUAUAAUUUCCAAAAAAUAUUUAAAUCGACAAAGACAUCGAAAGUCAGUGGAAUAUGAAGUAUACUACUUGAGUAGUUGCUGCUUAACCGAGUUCGGGUUUUUCAGGUGGCCGAGAAGAAUUGCAUUAAAAAUUCGACACCCUGACAUCACUGAAAUAUCCUGGAAUUAUGCUACACGAUAGUCAAUAUAACAGUCCCAUUAAACUAAUCCCGCCUAGUCGGAAGCGCACUUGAGAAUCUUGGUUAGUAUUUCAGAAGAUCAAUCACUGAUUGCAGAAAUUAUCUGGCCAUUGAACUCCGAAAAACACUUAUAGCGAAGUUUAUAUCCUAUUUUGGACGUACAAAGUCAAAAGAAUAUUUGACAAAUCGGGCCAGAAUGAGGGCAAUUACGAAGAAGGCCAAUCACAAAUGCAAGAUUCACUAUGGGAAAGGGAAGGCCUACAUACAACCGACGCCUGAGGUUUAAGCUCCGUUCCUGACAUCCACAACACUCGAGUGCCCCGUAUCGCCAGCCCUGCCCGAAUCGUUUCAGUCUCUGAAUUGGGAUAGUCGACUAGUCACUUGAAACCUACCGUCCCCUGAAUGAGCGUCUUACUGAGACUGAAAUAUAACCACUUCCCUGAAGUCCGGGCUGACUGAUUAAUUAAUUUCGUUAGAUUUUCGUCCGCAUUUGGUCAUGAACCAUGAAGGGGCUACUUCGGGCAGUGGAUUCACCAUAUUUAUUUCACUGAACUAAAGUGUUUCAACAGUCAUUUUUGACAACUCAGCACCCGGUGGAGAGUAGAAAAGUCGAGCAGACAGAAAACAUUAAUUUCAACCGGAGUUCGAUUCAGCUUCCUUCUGAAUUCCCGCCAGACUUUCCGCUGGAAUCCCAGACUACGUCAAUUAUCAUACGCUGAUGCAGACAACAGUCAACGUUUUUCCCCUUGGCUUUUUCCACGCACUUUUAGCACAACCGUCGCUCAGAGAGCAAGAACCCGGCAUUGGGAUCAAGUGCGCAGAGCACCUCGUUUAAGUCUCCGAGGUGGCAUUACUUCGCGUGAACGACGCCAAAUGGUACCUCUGAAUGUUUUCGGGGCUGGCCUAUAUUGUGCUAUUCUCCCUCUACAGGAGGUUUUUUUUAUAGUCUGGCAGCUCUGCAUGUCGGCCUCGCAGCGGCACAACCAAUCCAGCGUGGGCCGUGUUUUUACUCUAAACCCAACUAGUUUUAAUUGAUAGACAGUUAUUUUUCAACCUCCCAUAUCAGAACACCCGAGACGUGUGUGUGAUAUGUGGGUUUUCGGUUAAAUUGGCUGGCGCGUUGCCUUUUUGGUGCAUUUUUUGUCGGUAUAUGCGAGACAGAAAGAUGCUACUUAUUUAAACGCAAGAGUAGCACACUUUUCUCAUUGAAAAGUCAAGUUGGCGAACACGCGUUUUCGGUUAUUCUUCCUCAGGCCAAUACAAUUACAUGAAGGAAUGAAAAAUGUACAAAAUCAACAGUGCUUAUAGAUGCCUCGAGGGCUAUUUAGUCACUACCACUCAUCAUCCCCACGCCGCCCGCAUGAGAAGGUCGGCGAGUGUUAGUCAUCAGAGCUAGGGGAGGGGAGUAAGAGAGUCUUUGAAUGAUGUUCUUGGGUUGAGUACACGGAGUACCCAUCAUCGUGAUUAGGGAUUUGAGGCGGCAUGGCUUCAUCACUUGGGUGCGUGAACAUUUGCUCGCCUGGCUAGACAGAGGUGAGACCCGGUCGAUUUCGAGUUCUAUUCUCGCGCAUUUAAUCGAUACGAACCACCGAGUCGAUGCCAAGAAAGCAUUUCAGGUUGUCUACCGGACACCAACAUGCUUCUCUAAAGGCCUACGCCAACGGAUACUAGCAACGGCCGAGGCAGUAGCUAUACGGUUAGCGAAUCCGGUGUUAUGCUGUCAGAAAACUCUGACACAAGCGCUUUCGCUGCCGUGGCCAACGCCAACCCCAAGUGAUGAAGCCAUGCCGCCUCAAAUCCCUAAUCACGAUGAUGGGUACUCCGUGUACUCAACCCAAGAACAUCACUCAAAGACUAUCUUACCCCCCUCCCCGAGCUCUGACGACUAACGCCCGCCGACCUUCUCAUGCGGGCGGCGUGGGGAUGAUGAGUGUUAGUGACUUAAUAGCACUUGAGGCAUCUAUAAACACUGUUGAUUUUGUACAUUUUUCAUUCCUUCAUGUAAUUGUAUUGGCCUGAGGAAGAAUAACCGCAAACGCGUGUUCGCCAACUUGACUUUUCAAUUGUAACAUGGGAAUAUUUGCGGAACUUUUCUCAUUAUUGUAAUCUUCGUGCAAGAUUGCCCUUAUUAAAUACGCAAUAGUGAUUUUACCCAACUCCCAACAUUGGCGAUUGUUGGAAGCCGGGCUUUCAGCCACGUACCUCGCUGGUUGUAUUAGGAACCCUUGAAAGUACAGUUACUGGCCUGCCUCAUAAAAUGUUGGCCGGAAUUACUAAAUGUGUUUUCAGUUAGAAAUAAUUAACUAGGUGAGGUCUUAAUUCUGGUUGCCAUGCAGUAUGAUUCCGCGAUAUUUCCGUCAUGCCGCGAUGGUAGCUUUUGAAUUAACUUUUUUUCAACCGCCCGCAAAACAACUUUGUGUAAAAACUGAACACUUAAGUGACAUCAUUUUUCCCACAUGCAUAACAUUUCCUUUCUUGUAUUCUCAUCUUGGCAAACUACGCUUCCUAGAAUUUUCUACCCAACGCAAGGCUGUCUUUUGGUUUUGAGGAAUUCGCAAUCGUGAGAUUUUUCAGGAUCGCGGAACGUCCAUUCCUACAACGUGACAUAUUUCCCCUCAUUCGUUCUGCUCCGCAUGACAGAUUCUUGAUAGCAUAACAAACAAUGUGACUAUCCCCACACGAAAGGUAUACGGCAUAUGGUUUGGAAACCCUUAGCGCAAGUGGAACCGCAAGCCGAAUGCACGAUUAUUCGGGAAUUGAGGACGUCUUUUGAAACAGAAAAACAGCCCUUCUUCGGGUAUAAAAUUGAGAUGAGACCAAAUUUCUUACUAAAUGGGUGCAAGAGGAAAUAUUUGUGCGUACGUAUUCUAUACAGUAUACUUGAAUUUAUGAGAACAUCGAAAACCAAUGAUUGAUUGAUACCUCUUGAAUAAUGCCAGCAAUUAAGGUGAACGUGCACAUCACGGAAAUUUGCCCUAGGAUAUAGGACAGGAAUUUGACCGUUGGUGUGCUGUCCUGGCUUUUUGGUCUCGUGGAUGUUCGUCAUCACGGAGCGCGAUUAUUGUCAACCUUAAGUGUCGGCUGUCUCACUAUUCAAGCAUGUGCUUGUAACAUCAAGCCAGUACGAUAAGAUUUCACUCUGGCAAAAUGUAUCUCUUAGCCGUUUCAGGCUCCAUUCGGUGCCCAUCUUUGACCUAUUACUCUUCUCAAAAGCGCUUUCAGGAACUUCUACGUUUACAGUCUUUUGGUGGUAAAGUACACGCCCUUUAAACUCAGUGUUUAAAUCUCUGCACCAUCGUAAUCUGUUUAUGGGCACUUUUUGAACACAUGUUCUCAACACGUUUUUGAAUGUCAUAGGUUUAUGAACGCCUUACUCAUAUUCCGGUCAGAAGAACAGAAAAACAAGGUAUGAUUGUAGUCCCGCGUCUGUUCGGCGAACGAAAUUCCCCUGAAGACAGCGCCUCCGUACUGAAAAUCCAGUCAGAACAUUUGUGCCUUGGCGAAGUCUACGCAGCCAUUUGUGAGGGCGUCGUUCAAAACCUUGUUUCCAUGGCCCCAGAAGAGGUGAGUAACUCGGCCUUCUAUUUACAUUUCUGCUGUCUUCAGGUAAACAUGACCAGAUAUUGGCAGUGCGUCAGGUCGACAGCACUACGACCCACACUUUUCAAAAUACUUUCUCAAUUGAAAGGUCAAGCAGUAGCUAAUUCACCGAGGUUAAAUUCGCCCAAGGGAUACUACUUAGCACCGGCAGUAACAAAAGCAAAAACAUUUGAAAAUUCAUAGAGAUGGUAAUUGCUACUUUUAGCUUUUGGCAUGUAAACGUUAUUUCGUGAAGUAAUUUACGUGUAUAUGCGUUGACAAAUACAUCGAGAGUAAAAGAUAGACAUAUUGGUGAGUUUAGACAGAAAUGAAACUAACCUGCGAGGCAAUAUUUAGUUCGUCGGAGAAAUUGAUCAUCUGUUUGUUAAUUCACCUCCGAAUGCCCUGCUUUUCGGAAGUAACGACGUCCAACGGUCUGGCCGGUUGGGGGUUUACGGUGUAGAUUUUGAACUCAACUCCUGGUGUCGGUGGUUGUCGUUGUUGGAUGGCUCUUGAUAUGUUUUGAGAAAGAGGGAUUGCUGCGAAAUUCUUUGUUUCUGCGUUCAUAACCAGACUACUUACAAACCUGUCCGGUCAGUAUUGCUGUUUUUAUAUGCGAAAUUGGAUCAUCGCGGGUCUACCACUGGCCCGCGGAUUGAUUAUAGCUCAGGCUCCAUACAGACCUUAACCGCAUCUGUCUAGCUCUCAUUUAUGAAGCUCGCCGUCUACAGAUCGCAAGACAAAGUUGUGAACUCAGUGACCAUCAAGCGUAAACGGUUUGUUUUCCAAGUCUAGGCGAAUAGCGCGUCGUAAUAGGUACAAUAUCGCCACUGAUGUUGGCGAAUUUCCUCUCAUUAUCGAAUUAAUCUUCUCUUUUCUCUGUCAUGUGCUAGUACAACUUCCGAGUCCGAGAUUGAACGCACUCUGUCUGCAAUGUGCCAUGCACAUCUGCCGUAGUACCUGAGGACUCAGGCAGAUUCGGUACAGGCCAUGGAUCACUGUGGACUGCAUUUAGCGCACCCAGUUCAGAGAAACUGUUUUUUGUGAGACGGUAGGCUGUAGUGCUGUUUGGGAGAACUAGGCUGUGAUUUUUUACUGUGUGUUUUAAUGCAAGAGCGUAUGAUCGACAGAGUCUUGUAGUUUAAAUGUCCGUUGGCAGAGGAAGUGUCCAUGAUGAGUGUAGAUACAGUUCCCUAGUACUGGUUCUCCAGCCACACUGUCAUGGCUUCACAGGUGACCGACCAGACUAAUACAUCAUCGAAGUGUACCGUCGCUGCGCAGGCAAGUCGGAACUAUGUCUGCAUUUACGGUGAUAUUGGCGGGUGGGGGACUAUGGCAACGAUAGUUUCGGUUGGUCUUUAUGUCUUAUCAACGUUACCGCUGCGGCUGGGAAGAUGAUUUUCGACCGAAGUAAGUCGGAACUUAUUUGAGGUUGUGCAGAGGUGGGAGAAUUGAUCUCCGUAGGGAUGCUAUUAAUUUAUUUGACCUUAUUAUGAAAGACCUGGCGGCCUCGAUAGGAUUCAAAUCCACAACAGCAAGGGUGAGGUUGAGUUCAACCAACGUCUUAACCACAUGAUUUAUGAUGCCCCGCUGGGAGCCAUGGGUUUAUUCCAACCUGUGUCAAGAACAGCUAUCAGUUCUGCAAAUCUGAUAAUCGGAUUAGCUGCUCAAGAAAUCCUACUUAGAUAGUCAGUCUACUUUAAAAUUAGCGGCUUCUAAACGUUGCAGUAGGCUGGGUGGGUUCCUUGGUCCAAAUGUGAUUAAACUCACGGCAGCCGGUGGGAUUUCGUGGUUGAGUUGGUUAUAAUGUUGGCUUUACGCAAGCUUUGUCCAUGCUGUUAUGGUUUCGACUUCCUCAGUGACCGCCGAAUUUUUUGCAAUUGACUAAAGGACUUAUUCAAAUCUACCAAAACAGCUGUUGAUACUAGGGGCAUCAAAUUCGUUACUUUGUGGGAUUUUCUAUGUGCCCGUUUGGGUUGACGGCGGUUGGUCCGAAAGAGUCCUAAAGAUUCAGUCAAUGUCGCAAAAGUCAGCUGACAAUGUGUAAAAAUUGUGGGUUUCUUAAGUUUUCGGCGCUGAUUCGUUUCCCUGGGAGCGCAUUUGCCUCUCCUAUUCGAUUGAUUUCGUAGAUUUUUCGCCCCGCUUCUUCCUUCAAUGCACCAGGCCGGAACAUUGUAUUAAGGGUGCUCCUGUAUAUCUGUAUUGAUUUGUGGACGCACCGACAGAUGCGCCUAAAAUUGGCGACGCGGCGGAUGUGAUGGAUCGACGCGGGGACUAGAUUGGAGUUCGGCAUAUGGUACUGGGGACGUGGUCCGGUAAAUCUCAGAGUAAAGCAUUAAAUCGGUGAGUCACCUAGGGACACAGAGGGCAUUGUUCGGCUGCUUAAUAGAAAAACGUAAAUGUACGCGAAAUGCAUUACCUGGAGUGUGGUUGGGGUGAUGUAAAUGCUGAACCCAACUCUCUUCAGUCAGUGACUGUUUUCCUAAUUCAAGAUAUCUCAAGAUGACCAGAUCUAACUGUUGUGCCAUACCUAACAGUAACGCCGAUGCACUCCUCUUUAAGUUUGAAAAGGACUCGGUUGAUCUCUGGUUAACUGAUUCUUCAUACAGCUGAUUUCGAGAUCAAUCGUCACGAUUGCAGGGCCGGAGGAUUCAUUUUAUGUCAUUGGAAUCAAGGUGCUCUGCCUGGGUUUAUUUGCUUCAUCAGUUCAAGGGUUUUUAUGGCUGUGAAAUGAAAACCCUGUAGCCUUCUUCCUUCUAUCGCUGGAACUUCCGCUUUAUGUUUAGGCAAAAAACUCAUUUCAAGGUCACCGAGGUUUAUUUUGGCGAUAUCACCGGAAGGAUGCCCUAAUAACAUAUAAGUACUAAUCAAAGUCAAUCCUAGUUCUAUUCAACUUGCCGGAAGCAUAAAUGUACUUCACAUGUAUGGCUGCUGAUCAAAUUAUUGUCAGCCAAAUGGCUACUUUCCCCCUGCCGCGGUUUGGAACCUGUAGUUAAACAGGGCAGGUGAGGCAAGUUACAUUUAAAAGUUCUCAGCAGUCGCCACAACCCACAUCCUAUUUCCAGUAAAAUUAGUUUAGCUGGUGGUCGUGUGAUGGUCUACGUAGCUCCUGGCCCUGGUUCCCCAACAGAAUGAAAUACCCUAUAUCCUGCAAUCAGGCCAUAUACAUAUUAAUAUAAGUAGUCUCACUCACAGUCGACUGAUCCCAGGUCUGUAGCCUGGUUCGCCGAGUGAUAACUCGAGAAAGGACUGUCGGGUGUUUAAAACUAAACGUUUAGCAUAACCGUCCGACGAUAAAAAGAAACUACCUCAAAAACGUGGUCAAAACCUAUUCUCAUGCUUAGCGAGCGUCACAUUUGUGUAUAUUUGUAUAGUGAUCGCUAAAUGUCAUGAAAUUUUGACCGAAAUGUUUAAAUUUAUCGUCUAACAGAUGGCAGAAUUAAAGGCGUAAAACUGCUGUACACUGGCCCCAGUCCAAAGUCAAUGCGCAUAUUCUUACUAAAGUGCGGCUUUCAGUAAUCUGAAACGAUUUCAGGAUUAGACUAGACUUUCCUCUUUGGCUGUCAAAGUGAAGAUUUGCAGUCCAUGCAGGCGACCGCGUGGUGAAUAAAAAUCCCUAAUUGAGGAGUUUAUCAGCAUAAACGGGACACUGAUCUAAUAUUAUUCAUCACUUGGUGGUAUCCUGAUCCCAAGUCCGACAACUGAGGCUUCUCCUUUGCAAGUAGAACAGACUGAUCAACUUCACUUUAGUGUGAUUUUCAACCCUCCUGAUCUCAGUUCACAACAAGUGAAGCACCUACCCAGAUGAAACGUAUUUUAACUUCAAAUACGUACCGAUCUCGAUCUCGAAAGCCCAGCCCAAUGCUGUUGUCGCUGUCGGCAAAACCUGCCGAAGAGCACAUUUACCUUUUGCUCAACUACGACGACUCUAAUCUGAAGAUACUUCGUUCUAAUGGAAAGUGAACCAGUUCAGGUACCAAGCGCGCACCUGAAAGUUCAUUCCUUACAGUCUUACUACAGAAGUUUGUGCUUUAUACUUAACUUUAAAAGGAGUGCAAGAAUCCUUCAAUUUUUAGAGAUAUCCUGAAAAUUUGCAUGGCUGUAACAAAUCAAGCAAAUGCCUUUGCAGCCUAUUUGAUUAUCGGAGUUUAAGCAAAAGAUAUAACGACGAUUGUAACCCAAUCUUAAUUUGUGAGAUUCUAAGCUAAACGCCAUUGCUUAAGGUAUUAAUUCCUGAAGGAGGUACUUUUUCACAUUAGACAUUUCUGAAGAAACAGCCAAUUUGCAGUGGACUAAAAGCAUUUAUUUAACAAAUUACGCAGAAGUUGCCUGCAUAAUCAAAGUCCGCAUGUUUACUGGGCUGAGCAGACGAGGAAUUUCUAACAUACAGCUGCUACUGGAAGAGGGGAAAGAGAGAGGAUGGGGCGUAAAUCGAUAGAAAACGGUUUCGGGCUUAUUCUACCUCUAGUUAGCCAAUCGUAAACCCGACCACCAUCUAGGACCAGAAACAUAAAGCACACAUGCACAUGACACUGAUGAACCUAAAUUGUUCCGAGUACCGACCUUAUCGAUAUUCACUCGGCGAAGUCCGUCUGUUAGUGCCAAAAUUAAAGAGUUGUAUUAUUAUUGUUAUUGUUAUUAUGGAUCACUGACAAUUCUGUCUAUAAAUUCUGCCGCCUCACCUCUGAGCACUCGGAAUCAGGCUUGCCGGUUGGAUGACACUACUCCCCUUCAGACGUGUGUGAUAAGUCCGUUUCAGUCCAUUCGACCAUAAUGUUUGAACUGAAAUACAAUCCUGUUUAGCACUCAGAUGAUGGCCACUGCGCCGCCUAAACUCCGUCUGAGUUGCGUCGAGGCACUUUUGCUCUGUCGGCGUGGAUAUCCCUGUUUCGCGCAGUCUACCUUUGUCGCUCGCCCUUAAAUUAUGCGUUUUCAGAACGGCUCCAAAAAUAUCUUUUAACGACUUGUCGCCGAAGGGCCUUCCUUUGCUGCGAGUUGAUUUUAUAAAACGCCUUCGCUGAUAAGUCUGCCGCGGCAGCAAAUUAUCUUACCUACAAAUUUAAUUUAGCCUUUGUUACAGAAAAAAGGAGGCGAUUUUUGUAGGGAAGGGCAAACAAUAGACGGUAUUCACUGUGCUUAUUCCGCACAACGGUCAGUUUGGAUAAUCCUGGUCGGUGUUUGAACUCGAAUGAAAGUUGAAAUAAGAACAAAGUGGGCAGUUUUCACGCGGUAAUUUCCGGCCGACCUACAGGCUUUCUCACUAAAAGAGGACAUGCGGCAUGCUGGGGGGAUUGGGUCACAUAAGUCCUCGUGCUAGUCUUUUGCUAAGUCCUUUCUGGUCGAAGUGGAGAGCCCUUUUCCGUGCUUGCUGAGAGUAAUAAAUCGCGGCAAAGGCAGGCCUGAAAGCCUGAGUGUGAUAGUGUUAAGUGUCUGCCAAUUACUUGCAAAAUAGGUGUUGCAGCACCCUAUUGCAUCAUGUCCAAAUAAUCCCUUGCUUAGACGUCUGGCCUCUGCCUUGUUUAAUUUCCGAGGGCGUUAAUGCGCGAACUUAAAGUACAUUAUUCGGAACAGAUUUUCUCAGGCACGGUCCAAAAUUUUAUAUGAAUACUUAGGCUGAAAUCCAGCAGCUACUGCGGAAUAACCACGAAGUAUUCGCAAACGGCCAGCCGGCAGCUAGUAGUAUACAAUUUUGCAAUUAUUUACCAUACUGACUACCUGUGUGGUUAGUAUGGUAGACAAUCACAAAAUUCUAUAUCAUCAUAUUUCAGUAGGAUGACGUUGUGAGGUGUCUUACGAUAGGGAAGAGACACGCUUAACAAUUACUUUAGAAAUAUGCGAAUGGAGGUGAUUUUGCAAAGACGUUCUCACUGAAUGUGUUUCGCCGACUGUUUAGAAGUAAAGUACAUUUGACGAAAAAUUGGGGCCAUAUUUUUAAAACUAAAUAGGGAUUUAUAUUAUUUGCAAAGUAAAGCCUAAAAUGUGCCUAUUUUUACGUUUUACCAGACUGCUACCAUUAAUGUGCUUCUCGUGACUGGAAAAAGGGGAUUCGUUAUAAAUACAGGCACGUUGGCACUUGCCUCUCCUGAGUAUCUACUGAGCAGUCAGUCUGUUGUGACCGCCAACGUCAGCUUAAAAUUUAGACCGGGUGUCUUUCACGAUAUUUUUACCUCUCACGGCUAUACCGGUAUACCUUGUGUGUUUGCGCGGUCCUCAAGCCCGCGUUACAUUCCAACUGACAACCCACAUCCCCAUGAAGUUGAAAGUACUGGAAUACACUGUGCUAAGGUUGGAUUGCAAUGCAACGGCUUCACUUUCUCAAGCCAGGUCUACAUUUACCCGCUGGCAAGAAUGAAUCUCAUUAAACGCUGGCCAAAAUGAAUUAACUAUGCGUUAACUUCAUAAUGAUAGCUUGGACCAGGCUGUACCGCCAAAUGUCAUGGGACAUUGAUAAAAGUCCAUCCUUACACAGUGCGGGAUGCCAAAGUUGAAUUAAACGUCGCUUUACGCGCCUGUGAAUGCGUGUGUCGCAGUUCAACUUCAAUCAGGUGAUUUGUAUGUUUUCAUGUAAUUGUGAAUGACUGUCCAGAUUCAAGCACAUUUCCUAGAAAAAAAAUAUUAGGCAUGCUGAUUUAAUGGGAACUGUGUCUACUGUUAUCAGCCCGCACCAAGAAAUGGCAAUUUGAAUUUUUAAGAAUUGGCAAAUAACGGGACGUUUGAGACGCGCAUUGAUAUUCACGUGGUUUAGUGCCUACGUAUUUGACAUUGGCAAGUUUUCUGGACGAUUCUUCAACUCCCAUCCGAGUUAUUCACGGCAAACGGAAAACUGUAAAGUGUUUACUAGGGCAAAAUAUAUGCUGAGUACAUUUUGAACUCGGGAAAGUAUUGAAAAUGCGCUUUGAAAUUCUUACAGCAGUUAGGCAUCGCUUCUCUCAGCAGAACGUUAACUUUGCAGAAAGCACGAUUACACAUCCGCAUUUCUCAAACACCAAAUGAAGUAGAUCAUUUUAAGUGCUUAGAGAUUUUCCAGUGCACGAUGUAGCCGGAGAGGGUGUUUCCCUUAAAGCAAGCAUGUCAAUCACGUUUUCAUUCUCACGGGUGUGAUUUUUCAGGUAAAAGCACACUUAAAGAUUUAGCUUAGUCCACAAGGUGUUUUUUUCCGCCGUUCGCAAGAUAUUGCGAGCGUAGAGAGACGUGACUGCCUGUUUGCUGCAGACUCUGGUGCUGAUACCCUGAAUGACACACGGAUCACCGCCAUACUCUUGGGGUUUACCCUGACGCUAAUUUGUAAAGAAGUCCUCGCCCUUAGGGCCUGAGUUUUUUCGCCAUUUGUUGUUGACCUCUCGAAUCCUGACUUUGAUGACGUCCUGAUGAGUUAUUUGCACGACAAUGAGAUAAAAAGGGCAGCAUACUGGCCUCUUAUCUUCCUUCUAGGUUACAUGGUGUUCAACACACUAGAAUGAGUUAAUUUAAGAGGCUGGUGGGGGGAGGAGAAAUAUGCUCAGACGCGGUGACAGCUAAGACGCGUCUCCCCAUUGUGCGCUUGCAUCGGUCCUGCCAGUUCCUGCACCCAUACCUAACUGACUUCUUCCGACAAUCUGCUAGACAGAGAAUCAUUGACGCCAUUGUAGGUGUGAUUCAACGUCGUCGUUGUCGUCCCCUGUGGAAUCUCAAUAUUCGUUGCUCCCUACAGACACUAACUCAUUUUUAGUUUAUGCUUGAUUCUUGGUUCAUGUUAUUCAUGUUUACUGGCUCUGUGGGGGAGGGCUUGGCUUUAGACUUUAACUCGAAUUAUACAGGAAACAGUGUUGGUUGGCGCUGGUUUAAGGAUUUCGCUAAAAUCCCCCUGAGCGUUUUUUGCGGGAAAUUUUUUUGGAGGCGAAUGUACUAAUUCCAGGUGUAUGUAUGCAUGCUUUAGGAUUAAAAAAAUGAUCGAGCAUCGAUGCCUUUUGUUUCUUGUCUAAGCAGUUUAACUCGUACAGGAGUUCCUAAUCAGAGAUAAAGUCAGCUACAGAACAGGCGGUAAUUAUGGGAGGUAUCUGCUGAUUAACGAUCAGUGACGCUGGUCUGAGGGUGACUGCGUGGGGCUCCGUAAUCCGUCCCUAGAUUGGUACACAAAUUGACUGAGUUCUUAUCCGAGGCCCAGGUUUUAAGUAAAAAUCGACAAGUUUUGAUUUCGUCAUAGACGAUUAUUUCGACGGCUGUGAUGUUAGACUCGUGACUCGUUUCAAAGGUGCGAGCAUGUACUUGCGGCAUUUAGCCACGCCGUCUCACAGCCGGCCUAUGCUCGUCCGACCUGAAAUGUGUAUGUAAAAUAAGAGAACGUUGUGAUCCUACUUGUCAGCUGAAAAGUGUUCAACGGAGAGAUUGCUCCCUAGUUUCUUUGAAAUUCUUUCGACUUAUUUUCUCCCUUUUUCUAUAUAGCUUCUAGUAGCCUCCAAUAUCAAACGCCUCUACUGCAUGGGCGGCGCUCUGAAAAGGAAUCCCAUACUGCUAGAACAGCUGGAGAAAGAAUACAAGUCUCUUGAGUGCCUUCCCAACACGGAGUCAAUUGAAGCAUGCGUCGGGGUGGCUCUCUACAGCGCCUCAGUAUUGACUUCGAAGCGCUCGUCGGAGUAA